AUGCGGGCGUUGGUAAGGUGGAGGGAAUACCUGUGGGAAGCCCGCAAGCAAGACCUGAGUGAAGCAUCACUCUCCCUACUUGUGAUUCCCAGCAAAAUAACACUGCCUUAUUCUUAGCUGUACAACUAUGGACAUCCAGGAUGUCUAUAAAAUAUAAACUUUAUUAACUAUUUACAAAAUGAGGAUGCAUGCCAGGUUAUAGACCAUUGACUUAGCAUGAAAGAACAAACACUUUCCCAAAGUUACCUAGAGUGCAGGAAACCAGUAGAUCUGGAAGCUUAUAUCAGAUGUCAGAGGAUUGGCCUUCAGGUGCCACCCAACUCCCCAGAUCAGAGAGAGUUCAGGGAUGCUGUGCAAGUGUCUAAGCUCGAAUUGCUUGCUGUUCAGCACAACUGGUAGCUCAGGGAGUAGGGAACUGGGUCUCGAUCCACAAGCUCUUCAUUUUCGCCCUGCAACGUCUGCCAGCAAAGUUCAGCCCUGUGUUGUGGAGAGAGAUGAACUGAAAUCAAUUUAAUAAAAACGUGUAUGAAAACAUACAUGUGUAUUGGGCACAGGGCACGUUCUUUCAUAUGUGGUGGACAUGUAAAAGGGUAAAAGAGUAUUGGGAAAUGAUCUAUAAUGAAUUGAAAAAAAUGUUUUAAAGUACUUUCCCAAAAAAACCCCAGAGUCCUUUCUGUUGGGGAUAAUUAAGACUGAAAUCCCCAGGUGUCAAAAAAGGCUAUUUAUGUAUGCUACAACUGUGGCCCGUGUUUUGUUAGCCCAAAAAUGGAAAACAGUCCCAACCAAACAGGAAUGGCAACUUAAAUUGACAGAAUAUGCACAACUCGCAGACUUAACAUAUAGAAUAAGAGAACAAGAACAUAAUAUGUUUAAAAAAAGAUUGGAAAACGUUUAUUGAAUAUAUGGGAAAUAAUUGUGUACAGCUGAAAACGCUGGCAGCAUUAAGAUAAAUUCAACAGUGUAAACAAGUUUUGAUGGAUGCAAUAAUGGAAUGCUGAUUGGUAUAGGUUUUUUUUAAAAUAUGCAGGGAUUUAUGAUAUGCAAAAUGAACCAUGGAAGAGAAGAAGGGAAGUCACUGAUAUCCUAAGGAUGUAAAAUUAAUAUUUGAAAUUGUAAGACAGAAAAUUAAUAUAAAGAAAACUUUGGCAUUGGAACAAAUCAGUGCUGAAACAAGUUAAGUGAAGCAAUUAUCGUCACUAUAGUGAUUAAGAACAUAGGGGACUCCUGACAGCACCUAGCACAUUCAUAUACCUAAACAUUCUGGUUUGUAAUUAUAAUAUUGCCUUUGGCUGCAGUCUAUGAAUGAGGUAAUAGGGAUUGCUUGCAAUUAAGCUGCCCUAAUAGCCUCACUGUAAUGCAGACUGGUGUGUUUUGAAGCAGGAAAGAUGGAUAAUGAUAGAAUAUUACUGUACAUAAUGCUAACCUGGCCCUUGUAUGCCAAGCCCUAUUAUUUUUGUACUUUGAUGUUGCAUUGUUGCAUGACGGACAAGCCAGUUGAAUUAAACCAUUACAGAUAAUAUAACCUCACUUUCUAGUUUACUAGGUUCCCACCUGGGACAGUGCCAAGGGCUACCUACCAUCUGCUGGAGAUGUGUUUUGCUCCCAUUGCAUGAAUUCUGGAGGAAAGCUUUUCCUAUUUCACCUGAUAUUUCAUGACUUGGUCCCUGAAUUUAAAAGCGCCAGUUUGAUGCAGAGACUGUGUGAUAAAUCCAAGUCCAGACCUUGCCACACCUGUAUUUUGUUUUUUUGUUUUUUUGUUUUGUGUGUGUGUGUUUUGCUGCUUCUUCCUAUAAAGCAGAAGUCAGGUUCUUGGAAGUUAGGUAAAUUCCAGUGUGAUCAAAGCAGGCCUCUCUCUGCUGGGUGGAGCUGAUAUAUUGUUAAUGGUUUUUUUUAAAAAAAGUUUUUAUUUUCCAAAUAUAACCCAUACACAAGUAGGAAAAGAACACAAUAAAGAACGGAAAAAAUCACUUGGUGCAUAUGUUAUAGACAUUGUUUCUCAGACAGGAAGAGACUUUCUAGUUCUUUGACUGACGCCUACAAAAUUUCAAGUACGGUAGCUGUUUUUGGAAAUGAAAACAGGGCCCCUCCAGAUAUCCUUUUUAUUGUGCAUUAUUUAUUGUUUGUUGUUCUAGAUGCUAUGAGCGCAGUCCUAGUCUAUACCCCAUGUUCAAUACAUUUUGCACCUGGAAAAGUUCAGGGUCGUACUGUGUCAAUUCCAAUCCGCAUAUAUACUAACUAUAGCUUCUGGCUGUAAUCCUGUAACUUUUCAUACCACAAAUGUUCUUUUCCCGCUUUUGUCAUGCUGUUGCCCCUCUGGAAACAUCAAUGUGAUAGCAUUGGGGAAGCAUCACAAAUGGUGGACUGGCGUGUGGAUUUGUCCAGUAUAAAUGGCAUUAUUUCAUGUUGCAGAAUACACCCCCCCCCAAAAACCCCAGUCUGGAGGGGGCCUUAGAUGAUGUACAAUAAGGUGGAGGAGGGCAAGAGAAACCAUGGCUGCCUUGUCUUCUCAUUCUGUGGUACAAAGAUACAGACAGGAUUUCUGGGCUGCAUCAUAAGCCAUCCUGCUUGCACUGAAUAUACACACUGAAUAAACAGCAUAAAAAUGGCACCCAGUAAGGUCUGUUUACAAACUACUUAUUUUGUGGUGAAAUACACCUUUGAGCUCAGCACAGCCAGAAGGAAAGGUGUAACUGUGCCACUCAAUUCUUCCCCCUUCAUAACUCCAGCUACGAUUAUCAGAAAUCAUAGGUGGCUCACCAGCCACACCUAUUUCCCAGUUCCUUUGUCUCAAUCACUAGAAGGCCUCUGUGGCACAGCAAACAUGGCUCAGCUCAUGAGAAGCCUUGCUCCAGAUUUUUAAAAAUAUUAUCCCACCCAGAGCAGUUGAUGGAACUGGCUGUCCACUGCCUGCAUGGAAGGAUCAGGGUGACUUUCACAACCUCUCUGUCUGGCCUUUUGGCGUCUCUCCCAUGGCCCCAUUCUUGCAUCCAGCAGCCUUGGCAAAAUAAGGGUAACCUCUGAACCCCCACAAUUAACUAUCCAUUCAUUACGAACGACAACUGAAGCGUUAUGGGUGGAAUUCACCCAAGGAGCCUCAUUCUCAGAAACUUGGAGAACUUCCACUUGCACAACAGGGCUUCGCCCCCUGAAAUUGGGUCAGGAGGACUCCCAGAUCAGGGCCGUCUUAUCAAUAGGUGCUAGGGGUGCAGGGCACCCAGGCGCCAGGCUCUCAGGGGCGCCAGGCUGAGAGUCCGGGGAGCAGCCUGCCCGUCGGUCAGAGUGCCGCGGUGGGCUCUUCUGCUGCAGGCGGCUCUGUGCUGCGAGUUUGGGGGCGACCGAGCCAGCGAGAUGAUGAAGCAGGCGGCCGGCUCCGCCCUCCUGUGAGCCUGGGACUGGGCAACAUAGGGGGCGCCGGGGGGGGGAAUCUUUGCACCCCAGCGCCGUAUAUGUUUAAAAAAGCCCUGCCCCAGAUCAGCACACAGGGAAAGGAGAGGAGAACCAUGCACCGAUUCUGAAUUUCACCCAUAAAUUGCAUGCGGGAGACUCAGGUUCAAAGAAUGGCUCAACUAUAAAGUUCUCUAAGUUUCUCAGGGAAGGCCUCAUAACAUAUCCCACAGAACUUGUGUGAGGAUAAAAGAGCUGAGCAUGAUAGCUGUACUUCAAAAUGCAAUUUUCCGAAGAUAAACAAAAAACAUUCAUUUCCAUGCCAUCCUUCUUUUUAAUCCUUUGUAUAUAUAUGUAGACAGCAUCUUAAAAAAGCAGAGACAUCACCUUGCUAACAAAGGUCCACAUAGUUAAAGCUAUGGUUUUCCCAGUAGUGAUGUAUGGAAGUGAGAGCUGGACCAUAAAGAAGGCUGAUCGGUGAAGAAUUUAUGCUUUUGAAUUAUGGCCUGGAGGAGACUCUUGAGAGUCCCAUGGACUGCAAGAAGAUCAAACCUAUCCAUUCUGAAGGAAAUCAGCCCUGAGUGCUCACUGGAAGGACAGAUCCUGAAGCUGAGGCUCCAAUACUUUGGCCACCUCAUGAGAAGAGAAGACUCCCUGGAAAAGACCCUGAUGUUGGGAAAGGAGAAGGGGACGACAGAGGACGAGAUGGAUGGACAGUGUUCUUGAAGCUACCAGCAUGAGUUUGACCAAACUGCGGGAGGCAGUGGAAGACAGGAGUGCCUGGCGUGUUCUGGUCCAUGGGAUCACGAAGAGUCAGACACGACUAAACGACAACAACAUAUAUAUGUUUAUAGGAAAAAGGUUUCCAGUACUCACCAUGAAGUUGUUGCAGUAAGUGCCACACUUUUAACUUUUAGGGGAAAAUGUGCCUGUACUGCGUACCAUUGAGUACCUGUGUGUGUGGGGGGGGGGAAGCACUGUUUAUCAUUCAAACUAAUUCUCAUUCCGUUAUCUCAGUGUGUUAUUUUCUGGCGUUUUAUACACUUUGCAUUUACAAUAGCACUUCUGAUGUUGAAAGCACUGCACAUACAUUACUACAACAGUCCUUGCUCAAGGUGGCUCAAUAUCAGAAUGCCUAUAUUGCAGAUGAGGUCAGUUUUAUAUUGCCUCUGGACAGCUACAGAAUUUGUGGCACAGGUGAGAUCUGAACCAGCCGCACCAAGGGUAGUCAACAUGGUACCCUCCAGAUGUUUUGGACACCCAUCCAGCUCCCACCACCCUGAUCAUUGGCUUUGCUGGCUCAGGGUGGGGGCAGUUGUAGUCCACCAUAUCUGGUGCGCUCUAUGUGAGCCACCCCUGUGCCACACUACUGUGCCUAUGUAUAUUGUGUGUCCAUAGUGUGGCAGAAAUAAAAGAACGCAAUCCUCUGAAAUCUUAGCCUUACUGCAUAAAUUGAGAUUGCACUUCCCCAACCACCAGGAAUAAUCAACCACAACUAGAGAACAUUUCUGGUGGUGAUUUUCCCCCCAGUUGCUGUAAAUAAUCAAACUGAUGUGCCAUUAUGUUAUGUACUGAGUUGAAUAGGAUCCAAAAGGCAGCAGUCUGAUUGGUCCUAGAACAAUAGGAUUCGGGGUGCAGCAGUCUGAUUGGUUCUAGAACAAUGCAGCAGUAUGACUGGUCCGCAGGAGCCACCCAAUCCAGCUCCAGGUGGAAGUGAAUCCGCAACCUGAUUGGCCUACAGGAGAAUCCCAGAAUUAAGCAAUCACGUGCGGCCCAUUGUGUAAAUAAUGUAUAUAAAGCAGAUAUUUUGGGGGAACAUUCAUUCCUCACUACUAUGAGCUGAAUAAAGAGCAUGAAAUCCACACUCGAUUCCGAGUAUAUUUCACAUUAAAACCAAUAGCAUCGCUGCAUUAAAUUCACUAGACUUUAGGUGAGCAAAUUGUGGCCUGUUUGAUCAAAAUGCAUUGAUUCCAUGCUGCCUCAUAAGGAAUCAUUUCUAUGGGUGAGUUUGGUCUCUCUAGUCCUCCCAUUAUCUGUGGUCACUUCUUCUUGCAUUCACAUGGGACUUUGGCUUGAGAAACUUUCUCUGACUUGAUAAAAGUUAAUUUCUAGCAACACUUCACUAUACUGGGAGUUAAUUCCUUAUACGGAUUUGAUAUUUUAGUGGCAUGAUGAAUAGAGCAAUAUGCCUUAUACUGAGUCAGACCAUUGACCCAUCUAGCUUAGAAGCGUCUGCCCCAGGGGUUGUAAACUUUUGGCCCUCCAGAUGUUACUGAACUACAAUUUCCAUCAUUCCUGGCCAUUGGCCAUGCUUGCUGAGGCUGAUGGGAGUUGUAGUUCAGCAACAUCUGGAAGGCCAAAUGUCUUCCAGCCCUGGUCUACACUUAUAAGCAGUGGCUUUCAGAAAUAAGUCCUUUCCAACUUUACUUGGAGGGAUGCCAAGGACUGAAUUUGGGGUGUUUUGCAUGCAAAUAAUGUGCUCUGCCACUGAGCUAUGACCCUUCUUUACUAGUGUAUGAAAGUGCCAGGAAAAAUGAGGGAACAGACAUGUUACUGUAAGGGAAAACAGGUGCAGAGCAAUCAAGGAUGCAGCUAAUUCCGGAUGGAUGAAGCAGAAUAUGUUUCUUGCCAUCACACCAAUGAAAGUGGUCAACAGCUCAGACACUGUGUAUUGUUAGCAAGCUAUGAGGAAUGUAGAACUUCUGGUUCUACUGCUAGAAAGUUGUCUUUUCCCAGAUACCCAUAUUACUAUGUUUUCUUUAAGUUUCUCUUUUAUAUAUUUAAAAAUGUGGCUUCCCUCUCAGAUACAGUUGCAGAGAUACUUUCCACAUUUCACCCGAUAAAUAAAAGGCAUUGCUAAUUGGAAGUCUUGCUCCAUAAGAGAAAUUAGUUUACGAUAGUGUCUUGGAUGUUACAAUCAGCUUUCAUUGCAUAAACAGUAGCAUUUAUUAUUAGUUUUUACCUCAGCCAUGGAUUCAGAUCUGGAGUUCUGAAUCUUUCCGUAUCAGUUUCUUGUUCUUUGCACUUGACUGAAAUAAUUACAGUCAAGCUUGAGAGUUAGCAAUUCUGGAUAACCAAUCUAGCAUUCCUAUACAUGUUUGAUUCUCCACCACUGAUUUAAAAGAUGUUGCCAGCUAGCCUUUAGGGAAUUUGUAAAAUGUCUAGAUUGCACUGUGAUUGUUACUGCAUUUUUUAACAUGUAAAAGGCAAAUAACAUUUACUUCUCGAGAUUUCAGCUUUUGCAAACCUCAUGAAUGACAUAGCCAUGCACCGUAAAGCUCAAAACAAAUGGAAAAGACACCUCAAAUAUGUUUUCCUCUAAAAUGUUGUGAUUUUCUUUAAGCCGCAGAAAAAAAACCCAGCUCUUUGCAUUCCAGAAGCACCUUACCAGGCAGUUUAACUCAAGAAGACUUACAAAUGAGUAAGAGACAGGCAUAUUGUACUGCCGAGGUGUUAUUCCUGGUGUUUUACAGCAUAAUUCAAUGGAGAUCUACUCAGAAGGAAGUCCUAUUGAGUUCAAGGGGAUACUCCUAGGUAAGUACAUGCAGUAUUGUAUAUAGAAUCAUAGAAUCAUAGAAUCAUAGAGUUGGAAGAGACCACAAGGGCCAUCGAGUCCAACCCCCUGCCAAGCAGGAAACACCAUCAGAGCACUCCUGACAUAUGGUUGUCAAGCCUCUGCUUAAAGACCUCCAAAGAAGGAGACUCCACCACACUCCUUGGCAGCAAAUUCCACUGUCGAACAGCUCUUACUGUCAGGAAGUUCUUCCUAAUGUUUAGGUGGAAUCUUCUUUCUUGUAGUUUGGAUCCAUUGCUCCGUGUCCGCUUCUCUGGAGCAGCAGAAAACAACCUUUCUCCCUCCUCUAUGUGACAUCCUUUUAUAUAUUUGAACAUGGCUAUCAUAUCACCCCUUAACCUCCUCUUCUCCAGGCUAAACAUGCCCAGCUCCCUUAUGCAAUCCUAUAGAUGUCCAUUCAGAAACAAACCCCACUGAGUUAAGUGGGGCUAAGGAUAAAGGAUAGCAGUCAGACAUGGUGCACAAAUACAUACAUGGAUACAGCAGCUAUUAAAGAUUAAUAUUUAAUUGAAGCCAGAAUUUUUUCUUUUAGGGUUAAUGGACACACAAUUAGAAAAGGACUAUGGAGGAUUACUCCAAUAUAUUACUACAGCGGUGAGACUGCUAUAUGCACAAAGAUGGAAAGACACAGCCCUACCUACUAUAGAAGAAUGGUUGAUAAAAUUAUUGGAUCUGGCCAAGACGGCAAAGUUAACAUGCUUAAUUAGAGAAAAAUCAUUACUGACAUUUGUUAAGAACUGGACAUUUCUUACGGACUUUUUGCAUGAAAGAGAAAAUGAUCAUGCAGCGGCGUAGCGUGGGUUGUCAGCACCCGGGGCAAGGCAAGUAAUUUGCGCCCCCUAACCCGGGGCAAGGCAAGUAAUUUGCGCCCCCUAACCCCUAACCUGCCGCCGUUGCCAGCUUCUUCUUGCUGCUGCCUGGUCUGGUCUGGUUCUUUCCCGCGCUCAGCGCUGCGCUGGGCGGCCGCUGCACUGUCCCUCCCCCAGAUAGUCCCUCACUCUCUCUCCGCACCGCACGCCUGGCACCCACCCCCUCCACAGUGGGUGGCGACCUAGCGGCUCGGAUCGGAUUCACACUGCCAGCACUUCAGUGAGGGAGAGUGAGUGAGCCAGGUAGGGGCAGAGAGCUGCGAGUGCGAGCGCGCCCCCCCCCCCCAGAUGUUGCGCCCGGUGCGGCCGGCCCCCCUGCACCCCCCACGCUACGCCACUGUGAUCAUGUAAUGAUUUGAUUUGAUUUGAUUCCCUCCCCUCUUUAUUUUUUCUUUUUCCUUUCUGCUCCUGUGAUGAGGCUGCAUUUUAAUAUUUUAAUGUUUCAAUAUUUUAAUGUUGUAUUUUAAUCUUGUUUUUAAGUUGUAUUCAUUCAGCUUGUUUUUAUUAUUGCUUGUUAGCCGGCCUGAGCCCGUCCUUGGCUGGGGAGGGCAGGGUAUAAAUAAAAAUUAUUAUUAUUAUUGUUGUUAUUAUUAUUAUUAUUAUUAUUAUUAUUAUAUCAGGAUUUGAAGACUGAAAAAAUUCUGGCUUCUAGAAUGGUUGGAUUUCUAGGAAUGAAUUUAUUAUAUUAUAUAUAAAAAAUAAUAUUAUAUAUAUUAUAUGCAGCUGCAGGACAGAGAGACGGAAGUCCUUUUUGUCUUUUCUCUUUCUGUAGUUUCUCCUUUCUUUCCCUUUUCUCUCAACACUCUUUUUUUAAGUCUCUCCAUUCCUUGUUUUUUUCUUCUUCUUUCUGACUUUUUUUUUUAAGACUAAGUAGCUGUCUUGGCAUAUAAUCAAGAGAUACUUUGUAUUGGGUAUGCAUUUUUGUGCAUUUACGAAUAAGUAUCAAUAAAUUAUUAUUAUUAUUGGUUUUUUAAAAGGAUAAAAGAUAGCAGUCUUAAGUACUGUUUUAAGCAAGUGAUCACGUUUCAGGAGCCAGGAUGAGCGAUGCUUAUUUAUUCUAAAUACCUUGCUUGGUAAGAAGACUUAUUGCACUAAGCCUACUUUAUUGGGACUAAGUUUGCAUAUUGGCCCAGCUAGCUACUCCCCCAGCCUAAGAAUAAAAAUAGUUUUAAAAGUACUUUCCCCAAAAAAACAGAGUCCUUUCUGUUGGGGAUAAUUCAGACUGAUAUCCUCAGGUGUCAAAAAAGGUUAUUUAUGUAUGCAACAACUGCAUCCCAUGUUUUGUCAGCCCCCAAAAUGGAAAACGAGUGAGGUCCCAACCAAAGAAGAAGGGCAACUCAAGUUGACAGAAUAUGUACAAAUUGCAGACAUAACAUAUAGAAUAAGAGAGCAAGAAGAACGUACGUUUAAAGAAGAUUGGAAAACGUUUAUUGAAUAUACGUACAGGAAAUAAUUGUGCACAGCUGAAAACGCUGGCAGCGUUAAGAUAAAUUCAACAGUGUAAACAAGUUUUGAUGGAUGCAAUAAUGGAAAACCAAUUGGUAUAGUUUUUGUAAAAAAUGCAGGCAUAUAAGAUAUGUAAAAUGAACCAUGGAAAGAGAAGGGAAGUCAUUGAUAUUUUAAGGAUGUAAAGUAUUUGAAAUUGUAAAACAGAAAAUGAGUCCCAUGGACUGCAAGAAGAUCAGACGCAUCCAUUCUUAAGGAAAUUUGCCCUGAGUGUUCAUUGGAAGGACAGAUCCUGAAGUUGAGGCUCCAAUACUUUGGCCGCCCCAUGAGAAGAGAAGACUCCCUGGAAAAGACCCUGAUGUUGGGAAAGAUGGAGGGCCCCAAGGAGAAGCGGACGACAGAGGACGAGAUGGUUGGACAGUGUUCUCGAAGCUACAAACAUGAGUUUGACCCAACUGUGGGACAGCUGAAAACGCUGGCAGCGUUAAUAUAAAUCCAACAGUGUAAAGUUUUGAUGGGUGCAAUCAUGGAAAACUCAUCGGUAUGGUUUUUGUAAAAUAUGCAGGGAUUUAGGAGAUGCAAAAUGAACCAUGGGGGGGAAAAGAAGGUAAAUCGUUGAUAUAUUAAGGGUGUAAAAGGAGCAUUUGAUUCGCUGCUUUCGCUUGCGGAACGAAACGCCCAUGCGCGCUCCUCGACCUUUCCCUUUGCGCUCGUGGCAACCGGGAGAAAAAACAAAACAAAAAACGGGACAGAUCGAGAGAGAGAGCCGCAUCGGUGUGGAGCAUGCGCAAAAGCAGCCUGGGUUGGGAGGCGAGGGGGCGUGGCUGAGGGGGCGGGCGCAGGCGGCUCGGAUUCCAGAAGGGGGCGUGGCCACCGCUGCGCUCUUUUUUCCCGUCCGGCGUCCAAGGUGCGCCGCGGCUGCUGCUAUAGCGAAAGCAACAGGUGCGCGUCGCGGCAGAGGAAGGAAGGAAGGAAGGAAGGUCCGGCUGGCGGGGAGCGGCCGUCGGAAGCUCGAGCGAGGUAGGUAGCGAAGGGUAGCCGAGGGCACCCCGCCGAUCUCCCUGGCCGGGCGCUUAGUCGCUGGGAUGCACCGGUCCAGCGGUGCCUACGAUUUCUCCCCGUGGGGGUGGGCUCGCUUUUCUGCGCCGGGUGACCCCCGAUUACCGAGGCGGCGGAGUCGGCAGGUGCAACGGAAAAACCUUCACCAUUGCCCCCUUCCCGGAGGGGAGGACCCUUAAUAAUGAUGAUGAUGAUGAUAAUUCUAUUAUUUAUACCCAGCACAACCCCCUCCCCGCCUUUCCCCAGGGGAACGACCCAUAAUAAUAAUAAUAAUAAUAAUUCUAUUAUUUAUACCCAGCACGGCCCCCUCCCCGCUUUCCCCAGGGGAACGACCCAUAAUAAUAAUUAUUAUUAUUCUAUUAUUUAUACCCAGCACGGCCCCCUCCCCGCUUUCCCCAGGGGGACGACCCAUAAUAAUAAUAAUAAUUAUUAUUCUAUUAUUUAUACCCAGCACAACCCCUUCCCCCACCUUUCCCCAGGGAGACGACCCAUAAUAAUAAUAAUAAUAAUAAUAAUAAUAAUAAAUUUCUAUUUAUACCCAGCAUAGUCCCCUCCCCGCCUUUCCCCGGGGGAUAACCCUUAAUAAUGAUGAUAAUAAUUCUAUUAUUUAUACCCUGCCCAUCUGGCUGGGUUUCCUUUACACUCUGGGCAGCUUCUAGCAGAAUAUAUAUAUAUAUAUAUAUAAGCACACAAUAGAACACCAGGAGUUAAAAACUCCUCCAUACAGGGCUGCCUUCAGAUGUCAUCUGAAAAUGGUGUGGUUCUUUUAUCUCCUUGACACCUGAUGGGAGGGCGUUUGGCCAUGGCAGAGAAGGCCCUCUGCCCUCUUUGAAAUGUGUCGUGUUUUGAGAGGGGGCUGCCAGGGGAGCCCACGUCAAUAAAAUAUUGGUUGGAGGCAGGUAAGCCCUGCCCAGCCUCAUGGAUCACCUGAUGUACACUAUUUGAAUGGCAGUCCCCACCAACUUUUUUGGAGGGGCGGCCCCCUCAAAUAUUUUAUUCAGUGGAUCUCAAAGGGAUCUCAGUCCCUAGGAGUUGGCUCCUAUGUGGGGAGUGGAUGACAACACCACAAUAAAAGGUGGAUUUGGGUACUUUGGUUAUAAAGCUUAAAGUGGUAAAAAAAGGGUUAAAAUACUCUGGUAUUUGUAACUCAUGGCUAGCCCAAGUAUAGGAUAGGCUGCUGACUGUGGCUCCUCAGAUGCUGCCAGUGUUUGGGUGGAUUGUAAUUUGACUAAACUGCAAGGGCUGGCAACCCUAAUUUGCAGGCAGGUGCAUUUUAAUUUGUGUGUGUGUAUCUGGGGUGUUGGACAUCAUCUCCUGUUCCACCAGUAGGAACUGUGCACUUCUGCUGGGCCCGGAGGUGCUACGAUUCCUGAUCUCUAAAGUUCUUGCGCUGCAUUUUCCUCAACGGGUCACUUGAGGGUGAAACUAUCCAGUGUCUUAUCGAUUGCACAGUCCCAAGUGCUUGGUGGUUCGGUUAACUGGUCUGGAAGUGCAAUGUGGUUUAUCCUACUGGGCCAGCUAUGUGGGAUCCUUGCUGGAUCUUCUCGGGAUGUGAGGAGGAGGAAAUGGUCAACCUGUAUAUUCACGAAAAUUUUUGCAAGAUUGACAGCUCCCUUCAUAGUUUUCUCUUGCAUCUGUGAUUGCAAGUGAGGACUGCUGCUAUUCUCCGGAGACUAGAUCUGGUCCUGAAGAUCUACUGUUCCUUGUAUUUAUCGAAAACAUUUUUUUCACUCUACCUGCUGUCUUUGCUAAGGCUAGGAAUGGGGACUGUGGCCUUCCAGGUGUGCUGCCAUUUCCCAUUAGCCUCAUUUAGUAUGGCCAAUGAUGAAGGAUGAUGGGAGUUGUAGUCUAAUAACAUCUGGAUGCCACAGGUGCCCUGUCCCUGACUUAGGUCUAUUUAUGUUGUGGCCACUGUGUUGGGGUGUUGUUGAGCUUUUUGGCCCUUUUAGCUUGUUCAGGUGGUGGAGGUGAGCAUAUUGGAUUUUGCAGGCUGCUUGUUGAUUAUAGAAAGCAGCUAAGCGCUUCUGUAGAGCAUACUGGUACUUAAAAUAAGCCUGACCGUGAAUACUUCACAGGUAUUUCUCUCUCUCUAGGUCUAGCUCAGGGCUGUGUGCUUGUUGACAUGGUGUUCUUAUUCUGCACAUUCAAUGGUGCAGUGCUUGCUUUUCUUUUGGUGAGCAUAAUCAAGUAAUGGGUAUGAAUUUGCUGGAUCAGUGUGUGUAGAAGUUACAAAAAGGGAAGCUGGCAAAGUACUGUGGUUUCUUUGGUAACUGGUUAUUACCUGGGAUUUGUCCUCAUGUCUGUUUUCCUGCAGAAGGAUCACACCACACCUUCCUAAUGAAGACUGUGGAAGUGAUUGCAGAUCACUGUGUAUUCUCAGCUUAAAUUGGGCUCUUUUAACCAAGGGGCCCUGGGACAAAGGACGGAAGAAAGACAACAUAAUCACAUGCUUAUAAAUAUGCCCAAAGCACCUGUGUGGUGGUUUGUUAAAGCUCUGGGUGUGCCUGGAAAGAUUUGUCAAAGUUUGUCCAAAAAAUCUCCUCCUGCCAGCUCGUGGCCUUGACUCACCUUUCUACCUGAGCAUUGGAAAUCUCUCCUGGGUUCAUAGUGCAAAUGAGGAAGUGGUUACUAAUGCCCAGAGUGAAAAUCUUCUUUAGAAUCCACGCUGGAUAUUCUUGACUCUAACCUGCAAGAGAGAGAAUAUCUAGAGUGGCUCUCUUUGGUAGACAAGUGUUUAGGAACCUGUAUCUGAAGUUGAACAGUUGCUCUAUUGCAUAAAGAGUGGAUAUCUCUCACUUUCCACUUUUGUUCUGUUAAAAGUGUAUGCCGUUUAUUAGAUGUUUUUUUUUAGAUCAGUUAAUGGAUUCCUUCAGUGGAGGGUCAGACUGUGCAGGGACAACCUAUACUUACAACAGUUUGGUUUUCGUACUAAACAGACCUCACGCGAAGCACUCAGGGGCAAGGUACAUCAUUUGCAUUUCUUCCCUUGUUUAAAGUGUAGUGAGCAGAGGAAGGAAGCUUUGCAACUCAUUAUAUUAACAAACCUUUGCUCUUGAGUGGGGUGGAGAGGGAAAGGAAUGUGAAACCUGUAGUGUUUUUCUUCCCUUCUGUGGAGUGAUAAAUAUUUGGAGCACAGAUGCAGAAAUGAGGGAUGUCAUUCAUCUCCUUCCCAAUUUUUAGCAGAAUGAACGGCUUUCCUCUGUUAUCAGGUAUUGUGUGCAUGCCCUGUCAUAGCAUUUCAAUGUUGAACCUGGCCUGGAGUAUUGGAUAUGGAUUAAUUAUGGGUUUCACUGUGGGUGAUGUCUUCAUAGCUACUGAUAUGGUUACCAUCUUGGACUUGGGUAAGGUUGUCACCUUUGGUCAGGCAAAAUACGGGACAGGUCCAGGGGAUGGGGUGGGGGAAUUAAAAGAUUACUUUGCCUGGUGCAGAAAUAGAUACCAUAAAUACAAUCAGAGAGCAAUAAUUCGAGCUGACUCACCACCACUUUUGUAAGGAAGGAGAUUUUAGGAACAAGUGUCCUCAUGUUUUAGCUGCUACUCUGUGCUUAGUGAUUUCUUUUUCUUCUGAUCUUGCUCUUUGAUCGGCCACCCUUCCUCCUUGUUGCCUGUGCAAACUCUCCACCAAACCGGGUAGAAUUAGGCCCAUGCUAAGUGCCGUCUCCCCCUUCUUGCUCUUCAGCUCCCCCACCCAGAUCUGCCCACUCCACGUCCGAUGAUAAUGGCUCUCCUCCUCAUGGACCCAUACUCUGCCUACAAAAAAUUCCUGCUCUUGCUCUCACUCUACUCCUGCCACUGGACCCAUCCUCUGGUCAUACAUUUUUCAGGAGGAGGAUGAGCCUGAAUACGUGAAAAAAGACCGUUUUUGAAGUCCAAACAGGACCAGGGACACUUUUCCCCAAAAAAAGGGACAAUCACAUUUUUCUAGGGAUGGGUGGCAACCCUAGACUUGGGACUUGUCCACAUUUGAGCAUUAUUUAGCUGUUAACCUGCUUUCCCCCUAUUCAAAUUAGGAUGGAGUACGUAGUUCAUACUGACAUGUAUUUGAAUUUUCUAAAGAGAAGCCAUUUUGGUCUUUCCUGUUCAUACCAGUAGACAUUCCCUUUUGUGUCUGUCCCUGCCUUUUAAUUUGCUGCUUCUGUUAUGCCAAUUAAGAACUGAUGUCGGACCUUGUUGUUUUAGUUCCCCACUCAAUAUAAGAUAUUUAUUAAAAUUUUCAAGAUAUUACAAAAUAAAAAUAGAAAAAAGAAAAAUACAAAAUAAAAAUAGUUAAAAACAACUCAAUCUUUCCGUUACUUAUUUUUCAUUAGCUUGUUUCCCGGACCUCCUCACGCCUCCCUUUUUUGUAUUCCAGAUCGAUUUGUUGGUUCAGCAAAUCCUUCCCCUCUUUGUUUAUCCUAGUCUUUAAUCUUAAAAUAUUGUAACGUUAAAUUUUUACCUGUUAGUAAUCCAUUUUUCAUAUUCCCUUAUAGUAUUACAGCUAGAAACCACCUACUUUCAAUCCAACAUCAUUCUAACAUUCAUUAAUUUUACAAUAUUUCUGUAAAUAGUCCUUAAAUUUCUUCCAAUCUUCUUCCACCGACUCUUCUCCCUGGUCUCGGAUUCUGCCAGUCAUUUCCGCCAGUUCCAUAUAGUCCAUCACCUUCAUCUGCCAUUCUUCCAGAGUGGGUAGAUCUUGUGUCUUCCAAUACUUUGCAAUGAGUAUUCUUGCUGCUGUUGUGGCAUACAUUAAAAAAAAGUUCUGUCCUUUGGCACCAAUUGGCCAACUAUGCCCAGGAGAAAGGCCUCUGGUUUCUUCAAGAAGGUAUAUUUAAAUACCUUUUUCAAUUCAUUAUAGAUCAUCUCCCAGAAAGCCUUAGUCCUUGGGCACGUCCACCAAAGGUGAAAGAAUGUACCUUCAGUUUCUUUGCAUUUCCAACAUUUAUUAUCGGGCAAAUGAUUUUUGCAAGCUUGACUGGGGUCAUGUACUACCUGUAUACCAUUUUCAUUGCAUGCCGUAAACUUCAUACCUGUGGUCCAUAACUGUUCCCAGUCAGCCAUCAUUAUGUUAUGUCCAACAUCUUGUGCCCAUUUAAUCAUAGCAGAUUUCACCGUUUCAUCCUGAGUAUUCCAUUUCAACAGCAAGUUAUACAUCUUUGACAAAAUCUUAGUUUUGGGUUCUAACAGUUCUGUUUCUAAUUUUGAUUUUUCCACCUGGAAGCCAAUUUUCUUGUCCGAAUUAUAUGCCUCCAUUAUCUGAUAAUAAUGAAGCCAAUCUCGCACUUUUUUAGUUUCUCAAAACUCUGCAAUUUCAGUCUAUCUCCCUCUUGUUCCAAAAUUUCCCAAUAUUUCGGCCAUUUGGCCUCCAUAUUGAGCUUUUUCUGUGCUUUUGCUUCCAUCGGUGACAGCCACCUUGGGGUUUUAUUUUCCAAUAAAUCCUUAUAUCUUAUCCAGACAUUAAACAAUGCUUUCCUGACAAUAUGAUUCUUAAAUGCUUUAUGUGCUUUGACCUUAUCAUACCACAAAUAUGCAUGCCAUCCAAAUACAUUAUUGAAGCCUUCUAAAUCCAAAAUGUCUGUGUUUUCAAGAAGCAGCCAUUCUUUCAGCCAGCAAAAAAGCUGCUGAUUCAUAAUAAAGUUGAAGGUCUGGCAGGGCAAAUCCACCUCUUUCCUUUGCAUCCGUUAAUAUUUUAAAUUUUAUUCUGGGCUUCUUGCCCUGCCAGACAAAUCUAGAGAUAUCUCUCUGCCACGUCUUGAAGCAAUCCAUUUUGUCCACAAUGUUCCCCACUCAAUAAGUGUGCAAGAGCCCACAGUCAGGUAAAAUUAAAUUUGCUUGUGCAGUGUUCUGGUUGUGUGCAAAACUGAGGAAUCGAAAGGGGGGAGGGAAUCCUCUAUUCACGAGGACACCAGAAUAGUUAGGAGCACAUGAAAAGGAGAAUAGCAGAAAGUGACAAUUGAUCCACCCACCUAAAACAUCGAAAAAAUUGUCCUCUACCCUGAGUGGAGAUUAUUCACCUAUUGGGUAAACCCAAGUUUACAGAGGAAAAACAUUGGGAUUGGGAUUGUUUGAAGGCAACUAUGCAGAUUAAAUGAGAAUGUAUACAGUUGCCAGUGCAGAAUAAACUCAGAAUAAGCUCCUGUGUGGAUAAGCCCUCAAUGCAUGCUUCCUCAACCUCAGCCCUCCAGAUGUUUUGAGACUACAGUUCCCAUCAUCCCUGACCACUGGUCCUGCUAGCUAGGGAUCAUGGGAGUUGUAGGCCAAAAAAACAUCUGGAGGGCCGAGGUUGAGGAAGCCUGCCUUAAUGUAAUACUGCUCCUGACUACCAUUCUAUUUCUUUUCCUUUCUCUCCUGCCCUCUAAUAUUGUAGUGUGAUGAUAGCCUAUUAGGUAGAAGUAUUAAUUAGUAUUAAUUAGACUAACUGCCUUGAACUUUUGAAGAUGUUGAUAUUAUAAAAGCUGAAGCUCUGGCAAGGCUGGGAGAAGGAAUAGGGACAAGGACGCGGGAAAUGUUGUAUGUAUAUCAUAUUUUUUUUUGCUAGAAAAGGCUUCUGAGAUAGUUUAGGCUACACUGAGAACUUGCGGCUUGCUCAAGGUCAUGCAGUGGUGUCUUCAGAAAUGGUGAAUUUUUCUGUGUGCAUGCCUCGCGAAUGUAUAGAACAAAUGCAUGACCGCUAAAGGCACUCUAAAGGAACAUGUGUUGCAGAACUAGCACGGCAUGGGUCUGCCUGCUAAGGUGUGUACACUUGGUUUGCACCUUGUGCAUUGAGUAACCCCCCACCCCACCCCAAGUUCCUUUGUGGAGCAGAGACCCAAAUCUGGGUCUGCACAAACAAACACAAAGCCCUCUGCAAUGUUUUGCCCCUUGUCGGUUUAGAAUGGCAGACUUCUUUCCAAAUUCAGUGGUUAGCUACGUUGACUGUAAGUCAUCAUUCUAGAUUGUGCUGGCGAAGGCAGCUUCUAAAGGAAGUGUUAAGCUGAACUAUUAUGGCGGAGAAGCUUAAUGAGGGAGCUCAUGUGUACCGUGGCACAGAGCCAGCAAAGAGUCUGAGCAUUUUGAUGGCAAAAGCAGGUAAUUGUACUGUUGCAGAUGUCCAUCUCUUCUGCCAUAAACGUUACCCCUGGAAACAAGAGACCCUUUCUACGGGGCGUUAAAUGACCCCUUGUGUUCGAAUAUGAGCUUCCCGAUUCAGUAGCGAUCUCUUAUCAGCCGGAUCUUAUUAGCAAAUGGCUACAACUGUCUCUGGGUUAACUUCAGUUUUUCUUUCAAGCAUUCUGCCUGGGUUAGCAGUUGCUGUGCUGCAGAAAGUUUUAAAAUAGGAGUUUUAAACUGCUGCACAACCAUUAGGAACUGGCUGCGAAGAAGGAGACUGUCGGGUCUCCAGAGAAAAGAGAAGUCUGCUAUGCCAGGGGUGGUUGUUGUGUGUGUGUUUUAAUUUAAAGAUUAAAAACCCAGAACUGUCCCAUGCCAACUUUAUUAGGUUAAAAUUUGUUUCACAAGCACCAAUCUGGGUGUUGGUUUUCCUUCUGUCUUUUCAAUAACUAGUAAUUUACGUACAUAUGUAUUCAGUUUAUAUCCUGUCCUUCCUCCUGAAGGAGCCCAGGGCAGCAACACAUCUAUAAUAAAGUUGAGGAUGUGAUAAAGGUUUAGAAAGGGAGUUUGCUUUUAUAGGAGCAAGAGCAGGGUGUAAUAUGGAGAGCAGCAUUUGAUUCUUAUCUGCCAGUUCACAAGUUCCACAGCUAUCAACUUAACAGCCUUGUUUGAUUCAAGGCAUCUUCUGGAGUAGAUUCCAGGGGCUAACAUAUUUGAAAAAAAUGGUUUCAUACUAGUAAAUUCUAUUCAGUUCUGUAUUUUCUGCUGCACAGGCAAGUUUAAAUGAAUCAAUGUAUGGAAAGGAGUAGUAAAUUAUUACUGAAAAUAGUUCUGCAAGAGGCAAGUAAAUUUGAAAUGUUGUGGGGGAAAGUAUUCAAGAGACUGAGGAUGAAUCACAUUUCCUCUAACGUUUCUCCGAUGAAAAUAGGGAUGUCCCAUUCCCAGACUGGGUUUCCCCAGUCUCUCUGGGCAGCUUCCCACAUACAGUGGUACCUUGAUUCUCGAAUUUAAUCCCCGGAAUGGUUCGAAAACAAAGGCGUGGCUUCUGAUUGGCUGCAGCAGCUUCACUCAGUCAGAAGCUGUGGAAGCCAUGUCAGACGUUCGGCUUCCGAAAAACGUUCACGAUCCAGAACACUCACUUCUGGGGUUGCGAUGUUCGGGAGCCGAUUUGUUUGACAACUAAGUUGUUUGACUACCAAGGUACCACCGUAUAGAAAAACAUAAUAAAACAUUAAACUUUUUUUUUUAAGCUUCCCUCUACAGGAUUGCCUUCAGACGGCUCAGGGGUCAGAUAACUUGAUACCCUCCAACAUUUCUCCAGUGAAAAUGGGGGCAUCCUAAGGAAAAGCAGGACAUUCCGGGAUCAAAUCAGAAACCGGGGUGACUUCUCUAAAUCAGGGAUGUCCCUGGAAAAUAGGAACACUUUGGGGGUCUGCAAUUGUUAUCAAGCCAUUAUAGUCUUGGUGUGUGUGUUCCAUUUUGUUGCUGCUAAAACUAAAACCCUGCUAUAAAUAAAGCCCAGCAGAGCAACAACUGCUACCAUUAGUUAUCUGAUUAGAAAUUUUAAUUAGUUUCCCCAUAUAUGUAGCUGUUGGUUAAGGAGUGGCAUCUGAAGGUAGGGUGUUCUUAUCUGCCACAUCACAAAAUUCUGACUGAUCAAAGGUUAAAGAACAGUGUUAAAGCUACAUUUAUCACUGCCUAAAGUUUGCUGCCCAUUUCCUUAAAUCCGUGAGUGAACAGUAGUCUUGCUCCAGUUCCCUAGGUUUUCUGAAAGUGAUCUAAACUAGAACUUUGCGUGAAAUUUAUUUAAAGAACAACCUCUUUUAAAAACAGUUCUAAGUUUUCAUGUUUUCCACCCUGCAUAAUUCAGAUUAGUUGUAGUGUGGCUGGAAGGGAGAAGACCCCUGAGAUGAUCUGUACACCGUAACAUAGGGGUAGGCAAACUAAGGCCCGGGGGCCAGAUCCGACCCAAUCACCUUCUAAAUCUGGCCCAUGGACGGUCCGGGAAUCAGUGUGUUUUUACAUGAGUAGAAUGUGUCCUUUUAUUUAAAAUGCAUUUCUGGGUUAUUUGUGGGGCAUAGGAAUUCGUUCAUUCCCCCUCCCCCCAAUAUUGUCUGGCCCCCCACAAGGUCUGAGGGACAGUGGACCGGCCCCCAGCUGGAAAAGUUUGCUGACCCCUGCGGCGUAACACAUUGUACGUACACUGUUCCACCGAAAUAAACUGCCCGCCAAUAAACCAUAGUGGAUUGAUGUACAGAUACAAUGGGCAGAAAAGGCUCCGAUAAAGAAAUGCAGUUGGAAAAUGUAUUAUCCUCCUUCCCAGCCUAGAGUGGUUGGGGAAACACAGCCAGAUGGGUGGGGCAUAAUUAAUAAAUUAUUAUUAUUUAUUAUUAUUAGCCUUGUGCUUUGAACAGGCUGGUAUAGAUACUGAGUUUGGGUGUGAUGCUGCAGUCGUGGCUGGAAGUGGACAACUUCUUUGGGCGGUCGCUUGUAGCCAAGUAAGAUUGUCUUCCAUGAACACGGUUUUAACAGUGAGUCUGUAAGUGACUCACCUUGUCGUGGUGACUGGGCUUGCACGUUCCUAUGAUCCUUGUGAGCAAAGCCGUUGGGAAUCUCAUACUCCCAGCAGGGUCACCCAAGUCAGUAAGGUCAAAGGGAAGGAGCUAGACAAAGAAUGAUCUAAGAAGUCCUCAACGGCAGAACUGGUAGAUGAUAACAAGCCUUAUGUUAUGACGGCUGUGAAGGCGGAUGAAGGCUGCAGCAGAUAAGAAUCUACCAGUCGUCGUGAUGCUCAUGCCAUCGGAAUAGAGCCUUGCUGUGAAGACUGUGCGUUGGUCAGCGUGCACUGAUCUACACACAUAAAUUCACGCACAGGCGUUUUCCAAAAACCCAUCCUAAACCCACACCCCAAAAGUCCCAUAGCGACCAGCAAAUUGUAAUGGGGGCAGGACUGUGAAAUCUGGAAGCCCCUAGUCAUGAACCGGCACAUGGGCAGUGGAUACAGAUUCAGUUGCUCUGACUCAAGGAAUGAGGCAGGUGAGCAGCUCGGCAGCUGUAUCCAUGACUGAGCAGCCCUAUUUGGGAUCUACUCUGCUCACCCCCAAAAGGGGGAGAGGCUAGAAAAGGUGCCUUGAACAUAGUCUGCCUCCCAGUUUCCCUGACUGGAUUACCGCACCCAGUGGGGUCACCACCCAGCGGUCAUAAAAGACAAUUGAACUUUGGAACAUGGAAUAUACAAACUUUGUUGGAUAAGACAGAUAAUGAACAUCCCAAACACAGAACUGCCAUCAUUGCGGGAGAGCUAUGUAGUUUUAACAUCAAUACUACAGCGCUUCAAGAAACUCGGAAGAGCAGGUGAGGGACAACUGAAGGAAGUGGACAGCCAUUUAAUGUCCUCAUUCUGGAGUAGCCUUGGUGCACUCAGUGAAAAUUCCUCCCUUAUCCCGGAAUGGAUAACUUUGAAGUGGGAGUGACGUGACGAUCUCGUGUUUGCUAAGAAACUUUUAUCUCCUUUAAAGAUUAACAAUGCGCUUGAUAAUCACCCAAAGGUUUCUGGGGAUGAGAAACCUUAGAUAUGUCCGCAAUGUGUUUACUUAGUGACGUCCAUGUGAGUAAAGAGAAUGCAGACUGAAAUUCAUAGGGAAAACGAACAGACUGGUAAUGUUAUCACUUCUGAAACAAACAACACCCUUGGCUGUCUCGAUCAUAAAACCUGCCAAUGUUAAUGAUAAUCAUGGCUUCAGACAUGGUUUACAGGCGUAGCACAAAUAUUUAUUAUGUUAUUUAUUAGAUUUGUAGACCAACGUAUCCUAUAGACUGCAGGCACUUCAUGUUAUUCUAAAACAAUUAUAUUAUACAAGUCAAAACCCUCUUUGGUAAAACGCAGCAGUGCAGAGUGAAAAGUUCAAGCCUGUGGGCAGCCAGUUCAAUCCCUCCAAAGGCCCUGGAGAAAAAGUUAUUUUUGACUUGGCGGUGGGAUUGUGCCACCCUAGUUGCCAUCUUGCCUCUUCCACAUGUGGCAUGCCAUAGCCGAAAAGGCCCUUGUCAUGUCACUACACAGUGAACCACGCUGCUGGUAUAAUGAUAAAAUGUAUGCAUGCUUCCCCGGCUGCAGGGUCCAGGACAUUUGAUAUUGCAUUCCCUGGGAUUAAUGCAGGAACUGUCUACUGAAUCAUUGCUGCUCUGAUGCAAAUCUGUUACAAAAUUUGUGCGAUCUCCGCAGCAGCCUCACGCUUUCAUAACUUCAUUGGAAAGGGGCAAUGCUUUUCUUGUACUGGUAGCAUCACAAUAUUGGGCUUUAACCAGUGCCUGAAAUUGAGAGAUACUUUUAUUAAAACCAGCCUUAAUCCUUGAGUUUUCCAGAGCAUAAUGUUCGCAAAAUAAGCUGUUUAUCUUAAACUUUCCCCUUAAUUCCCACUAAUAAUCAAAAAACAAAACUCUUACGAAAUGCCUGGCUCCCAGAUGUACCUGAAAAUAUUUGUACUCUUGGCAAAGGUACAAGCGUGUGCCAGUGCCUUUGCAUGUUUCUACAGAUGCACAAAAAGGCAAAACAUUCUCUGGUGCUUUUGCAGUUCUGUAAGCUUCUUACUCAGUUGUUGUGGAGGCAGUUUCGUCGUUAAGGUGAGUCGCAAAUACCUUUCUCUCUAAGCGCUCGUUUAGAGGGCAAGUGGACUCUGGGCCGAGGAGAAAAAAGCCAUAAAGCUACUGAGCUCUCCAAAUCGCUUUCAGACUUUCACCUUUCUUACCCUGUUUUUCUUAGCAAUAAUUUGUAGGGCAGAGUGAACGUCACAGCUGAAGCUUGCUGGACGGGGCUGAGCUUUAGCAAAAGCCUGCAAGUUUUCUGUUGUUGCUUCAGAACGUGCUGUUCUCUGCUUCUGACUUGUAUGUAGUUGCUGAGGAGGCUGUGGGGCACCUAGCAGUCUCUGUGUUAAAGCUUUCUGUGCCUCCCCCCCCCUCCCCACGGCUUGUAUUGAAUUUCAGAACUCCUGACUUAAGCAAAGCUGACUGGUUCCCCAGCUAUGGAUCAGCUUCUGUACUCCCUAAACCAUGCAAGGCUUCUUUGGGAUCCUAAAGUCCACAUUUGUCGCUCUCCAAAGCUUCUGUUUCAUGGGGAGCGGCAAGAGGACCUACCUAGGCAAUGUUUGCUCUGCAGAUGAGUGUUCAUGUGUAAACAUUAACCAGAGAAAAAGCCAAAAGCCACUUAGCUGUCCUGAACCAGCGCAUGCCGGGAAGAGAAAAAGCCGGGGAGUGAAAGCCAUCGACCUGGAUGAACUUUACUAAUUUUGUUCGGAGGGAACUCUGGACUUCCUUGGAAGCUUAUCAGCCAUCCCUCUGUGAGAUGCUCAGUACUGGCAAGCAAGCUCUGGGUGCGAGAGCCGGUCCUGCCCUGAAUCUGCAGGUGGAGGGAGACAAAUGUUCCAGAGCAUGCUCAGUUUGUCGGGCAACGGGGAGGCCUAAGAGUGAGGCCAAUGCCUUCUAUGGGGUCUUCCACAAUGCGCAAUUCAGUCCUUCCAGAAAGCCUUUCUUGGUGGUUGACACAGCACAGUAUGGAACAGUUAAAUGGAACCAAUGCGUUCUGCCGAAAUCAAUAGCCUGUAGACCUGAAAGUCCAUAUUGGCACUUAAAACGGCGCUUUCGCAGCCAUCCGAGAUAGCAUUUUGCAGUUGGAGAAGCUUCACCCUUUUUUAAAAAAAAGCGGUAAAGAAGAACAUAUAAAUUAUGGUCGCAAUCGGUUUGUAAGCAAACAUAAUCCUAUUAUUACCGAAUGAAUGUGUAAUAUGAAAUUGUGGGGCUGUGCCUAUCAAAAGUCUCCAAUGUAGUGAGAUAGGUAAGGUAAAGGGACCCCUGACCAUUAGGUCCAGUUGUGGCUGACUCUGGGGUUGCGGCGCUCAUCUCGCUUUAUUGGCCGAGGGAGCUGGUGUACAGCUUCCGGGUCAUGUGGCCAGCAUGACUAAGCCGCUUCUGGCGAACCAGAGCAGCGCAUGGAAACACCGUUUACCUUCCCGCUGGAGUGGUACCUAUUUAUCUACUUGCACUUUGACGUGCUUUUAACUGCUAGGUUGGCAGGAGCAGGGACCGAGCAACGGGAGCGUCGCACCGACCUUCUGAUCGGCAAGCCCUAGGCUCUGUGGUUUAACCCACAGCGCCACCCGCGUCCCAUGUAUUGAGAUACAGUGGCAUAAAACAUUAGUCUAAUGCAAGACAGAGCAGGAGGGAGGAGAGUAAUAUAUGUAGUGAGUUUAAUCUGCAGGAUUAGUCUGCAGGGCUGAGAUUGAGUCGCACACUUAUUCAUUGUUUGAGGCUAUUUUGUUGCUGGUGUGUCUCUGCAACACACCAAGUAGUGUUGGUAAGAAAGCUCAUCUUUUAAUAUUAAAUCCUUAUGCUGCAAUAGCUCAGAAAGGGGUCCAUAGCAAAGUUUUCGUGGAAUGCAAACUUAUUUAAACUUAAUCCACGUUUAAAUGGUUGGCAGCCUUCAUAUGCGUGAGCUCAUGCAACACCUGUGGUGUUUAAUGCCACUGGCAGUGGUUGAUGUUCCGUGCUUCUCAGUCUUAUUUUCCAAGUGGAGCUAAAUCAUUCUUACCGCAUUGUUUUUUGUGCUCCCUCUGGCAGUGCCAUGUACCCCCUGAGCUGGUUGCUUUACCAGGCAAAAGACGCCCUUUUUGUUUGUUUGGAGGCUCAUAAGGAAGAACUUGGUACGUUUGUCUUAAUGCAGACUGUUGUGUUCUUGCUACUGACCUCUAAGAACAUCAUCAUCAUCAUCAUCAUCACCAUCAUCAUUUAUUAUUGAUACCCUGCCCAUCUGGCUGGGUUUCCCCAGCCACUCUGGGGGGCUUCCAACAGAAUAUUGAAAUCCAAUAGUCUAUUAAACAUUAAAAGCUUCCCUAAACAGGGCUGCCUUCAAAUGUCUUCUAAAAGUCUGGUAGUUGUUGUUGUCUUUGACAUCUGGUGGGAGGGCGUUCUGCAGGGCGGGUGCCACUACUGAGAAGGCCCUUUGCCUGGUUCCCUAUAACUUGGCUUCUUGCAGCGAGGGAACCACCAGAAGGCCCUCGGCGCUGGACCUCAGUGUCCAGGCAGAAUGAUGGGGGUGGAGACGCUCCUUCAGGUAUACUGGGCCGAGGCCGUUUAGGGCUUUAAAGGUCAACACCAACACUUUGAAUUGUGCUUGGAAACGUAUUGGGAGCCAAUGUAGGUCUUUCAAGACCGGUGUUAUGUGGUCUCGGUGGCCCCUCCCAGUCACCAGUCUAGCUGCAGCAUUCUGGAUGUUACUGACCUCUUAAGGAUCCAAAUGUAUAGAGCAGCCUGUAGAGCUCAGUUGGUUCAAGGGUGGUGCUAAUAAAGCCAAGGUUGCAGGUUCGAUCCCUGUAUGGGACGGCUACAUAUUCCUCUAUUGCAGGCGGUUGGACUGCAUGAUCCUCAGGAUCCUGUCCAACUCUACAAUUCUGUUUAGUGUGUAGCUUUUUUCCCUCCUCCCCUUACCUGCCCCCAGUUGGCACUAGGGUGGUGAGAUAUAUUGCCCAAAACUGGUUUGAAGCCCAUAUCGUGAUACCGGUUUCAUUAUUUUUGACCUGGCAAUAUAUUGUGAAUUAUGGUGCGUUCGUGCGCACGCUGUGCAAAAAUCACAAUGUAGGGAAAAGCGUGACGCCAGACAAUGUUUCUCUCGAUUCCUGCAGCCCCUCUUAACUUGGCCGGCUCAGCUCUCCCCUGGCUCCUGUAGGGGGCAGCGAAUCACAAGGGCAGGCGCCAGCAAAUAACCACAGUGCGGGGAAAACCAUGAAGCCAGCCAAUGCCUCCAUCCUUAUUUCAGACAGCGCGAUAUAUAGUGAUAUAUCACAAUGUUUAGCUGGUGAUCCAUCGCAAGGUUGACACGCACUGCUCAACUUGCUUGUGCAACGGCUGUGUGGCAUUAUACUUAAGGCCGAACUAUUGCGCCCAUUCCAUUUCCCCCCCUCAAUUUUUUUCUUCAUUUUAUAACACAAAUAAAGAACACAAACAGAAAAACAAGCAAUACAAGCAAAUUCUUGUCAUACCCUUAUUUUUUCUAAAGAUUGUUAAGUGGGCUUCCCCAAGUCCCACCUAUCUGAUUUUCAUUUUACUUCAUCUUUAGCAGUUUACAUACAUCAUAAUUUCUAAACAUAUUUUUUUUAAUCACACUUAAAAUAACUUCACAUUUUAUCACUUACAAAUAAUACUAUUUUAAAAUACCCUAUUUUCUGUUUCUAACCCUACAGCCUAUAUCCACUUCCAAAGCUAUUCUAAGGUUUAAAUAUUAACAUAUUUUUUCAAAUAUUCCUUAAAAUUCUUCCAGUCUUCUUCCACUGUCUCUUCUCUCUGGUCUCGGAGUCUCCCGGUCAGUUUGUCAAGUUCCAUAUAGUCCAUCAUCUUCAUCUGCCAUUCUUCGAUAGUUGGUAAAUCUUGUUUCUUCCAAUUCUUCGCUAGCAAUAUUCUCGCAGCUGUUGUGGCGUACAGAAAAACUUUUGCGCCCAUUCCAGGGACAAGUGACAUGAACCUACAUCCCUGCACUGGUUUGCAUGACGGCUGUCUCUGUCUUGGCAGCUUAGGGCAAGGUUCACACAAACUGCAGAGACACAACAUUGUGGCCGGGCCAGAGGUUGGGAGCUUAGCAUGCUGAAAUGCUAGUUUGAAAGAGAGAAAACAUUGGCACACGGGAAAGUAGCUACAAACAAGGGAAGGGUUCUAGCCUAGUCUGUACUGGCUUGUCUAGGGGCCAAACGUGUUUGCCUGGAUUGCGCAAAUGACGGACGGGGAACCUCUUGUCCCAUAGUUGAAUGGUGAUAGUUCAUUACCUGCUUCGACAUGUUGGAAGGUGCGUUAACCUGAAGCCACUGAUGCAGGCAAACCGACAAAUAUGCAGUGCAAUUGUGAUAUUAGGAAACACCCCAGAGAGUCCAUAUACGGCAUAGCUGUCAACUUUCAGAUUUGAAAAUAAGGGAUCAGCAGCCUCACCUGUCCCAGGGACAGUCUAUGGGAUAUCUAACUAUCCAGGAUAGCAGCGGGAAACUGCGCUAGAAUAAGGGAAUUUCCCGUAAAAAAAGGGGAAGGUUGACAGCUAUAAUAUACAGUGGUACCUCGGGUUAAGUACUUAAUUCGUUCCGGAGGUCCGUUCUUAACCUGAAGCGCCACUUUAGCUAAUGGGGCCUCCUGCUGCUGCCGCACCGCUGGAGAACGAUUUCUGUUCUCAUCCUGAAGCAAAGUUCUUAACCUGAGGUAAUAUUUCUGGAUUAGCGGAGUCUGUAACCUGAAGCGUAUGUAACCUGAAGCGUAUGUAACCCGAGGUACCACUGUACGCUCUUUGAGCAGAUCGCAUCCCUUGCGUGCUUAAAUUUUCAGCUUUGGAUCUCAUGCACACAGGAGCAAGUUGGGGAACCUGCCAAAUGCUUAAAAAUUGGCUGUGUCUGAGGCCAAAGGUCUGUACUCCACCCUCCCCAAUUUGCCCUGCUUAGUGCUUCAUGUUAUUGCUAUGCUUUCUCAUCCCCUUAUGAAUGCGUAUGUGCGUGAGAACCUGUGCUUUUAACUGAAUUCGCCAAGCCCUGCUCUUGUGGCCUUUUCCUGUCAUUUUCUGCUGCUGCUGCUCCUCUUAUUAUUCCAGAGAAUAGAAAGAGUCUGUCCCUCGGGUCAACCUCCACCCAGGGGAAUGUAACUUCCUCUAGAUUGGUUUCUGUGGUCAGGUCAGUUUCCCAAGCUAGCAAAGUAGAAGAACCAGUUCUCAUACUUAAUUUGAACAGGGUCUUGCUGCUGUUGGGCCUCUGCAUCUGGUUUUGGAACUUGGAUUUAAGUGAGCAGUGUCUCCUGGUUAGCUUUCCUUCGCCUGCGGGCUGCCUGCAAAAUGAGAUUUAAGAUGUUUGAUGUAGUGCACCUCACCUCCCUCAGUAGAUCUCUUCCCCUUCUUAAAAUCUCAGAGUGAGCAGAGAUGGGGAAAUCGGCCCUCCCUCGCCCGUCAAUUUGCCUGAAUGACUGCCUCGUGUUGUUUGUUUUGGCAGACUCCGAUGCCCGCUCUGUCCCUGUGUCUCCUUUGGCAGUACUGUUACAGGACGUAAUAAUGUCAUCCACAAAUCAAGGGUUCAUUCAUCCCUUACUCAUCCAACGUGAUAUAUGCCACCAUCUGCCAGCAAUGCCCCUUCUAUAUUCCUCAUAGGACAACACAGGCCAGUCCCUAUGCAAAAGAAUAAAUGGACACAAAUCUGACAUCAGAAAUGACAUUAUUCAAAAGCUAUUAGGGGAACAUCCCCGGAGCGUAUUAUACUUCAAAGGGAGACUGCAGCGUGCCUUACAAUUCACCAGGAACUUCAAUGUUAUUGCUUGCGGAUUGAACAGAGACAAAGGGUUUUUAGCACAUUAUCUCUGUUGAUUGGCAUACCAAGGUCAGGGAAAUUUGUGUUACCAGAUAACUUUUAACUAUGUAAUUACCACUGUCUUUUUUCUUUUUUUUUGGCACUUCCUUCUGAUGUUGCUGUUUACACUAUCCCUCUCCCCCUGUCCAGCUCUGCCCAAUGUUAUACUCGGGAAAACACUUUAUGCGUAUAUAGUAGUAGUAGUAGUAGUAGUAAUAGUAAUUAUUAAUAGUAAUAAUAACAAAUCCUCGCUUUGUUAAUGACCCUCUUUUAGUUCUUCUUUAAUGGCCCAUCUCUUAUGUAUUUUGGUGUUUUCAUUUUGUGAACAGGGAUCUUCGGAAGAAUGGCAGUAUACAAAUUUAAUAAAUACUGUAUUUCUUGCUCUAUAAGACACACUUUUCCCCUUCUAAAAAGUAAGGGGAAAUGUGUGUGCGUCUUAUGGAGUGAAUGCAGGCUCCAUGGCUUUAGCGAAAGCAACGCGAAGCCUCCGGAGUGCAGCAGGAGCGCUUCCGCUGUGCUCCGGAGGCUUCGGGCAGCUAUCCCUGAAGCUGGGAGAGCAAAAGGGAUCGUGCGCACCGACCCCUCUCGCUCUCCUGGCUUCAGCGAAAGCAACGCAAAGCCGACCCUUCUUGCUCUCCUGGCUUCAGGGAUAGCUGCCUGAAGCCUCUGGAGGCUUUGCGUUGCUUUCGCUGAAGCCAGGAGAGCAAGAGGGGUUGAUGCGCACCGAUUCCUCUUGCUCUCCUGGCUUCGCUUCGCUGGAGAGGCGCUCCACAGCUUUCCCUCUCUGCGCAGCGCCCCUUCAGCGAAGCGGGAGGAGAAAUGUAAGGGGCUUGAUUUCUCCUGCCGCUUCGCUGAAGGGGUGCUGCGCAGAGAGGGAGAGAAUUUUUUUUUCCUUGUUCUCCUCCUCUAAAACUAGGUGCGUCUUAUGGCUGGGUGCAUCUUAUAGAAUGAAAAAUAGGGUGAUAAAAGCAUCAUCAUUCAGGUUGUCUUCUGAAGAAGCUGGCCUGACUUACAUUUUAACUAUGGCUGGAUCCAGAGGUUCAGGAAGCUUGAUCAAAUUCUAGCUCUUUACAGGAUCCAGCAUUUUAGGGGGAGUCUAGAACCCCCAGACUCAUAACAUUAUGAUGAUGGAAUCCAGAGGAAAGAGAUUACAAUGCUGCUAACUUUCAUGCAGUUCAUGGUAACUUGGGGGAAAUGCACACUCACCUUGGGAAAGGAUGCUAUUGGUUAAUUUUUUUGUCUACCUUUCAGAUGCUUCAGAAGUUAUUCAUUCCUGAUACCUGCAGUAUAAUUGAUUAGUUCUUAGCCGGUGUUGUGCCAUAGUUAGUGUAGGGCUUGGACAUUGGCUAGAUUUCUUCUUUUAGUGUCGUUAAUAAUAAUAAUGAUGAUAAUAAUAUUUAUACCUGCCCAUCUGGCUGGGUUUCAUUCAUUUCAAGCAGCCUUUGCAAUGAACAUAAUGCCACCCAUAGGCUUCAGAUCCAUAAAUGAGUUGAGCUAUGCUUAUUGCAUUGCCUUUGAUUUACCGUAUUUUUCCGUGUAUAACACUAAGUGGUUUUGUUUGUUUUUUUAACCAAAAAAAUAGGUUUAAAAUUGGGGCUUGUCUUAUACACAAGUAAUGUUGAGGGGUAUUUUCUUAAUUUUUGGGGUCCCCCCCAAAUAGGGGGUGUCUUAUACAUGGGGGCAUCUUAUAGAUGGAAAAAUACGGUACUUCAAAUUGUAGUUUAAAAUAGUUUGAGCAGGGAUGCGGGGGAUGGCAGCCAACUAACCCAUUUUGUCAGUGCAAGGAUUUAUGCUUGUGCAAUAGAACAACCUCCUUUUCUCUGCAUCUUCCCCAUAUCUUCUCCAAAUUGUUUGGGGAGCCCUGCGAACAGUUUUGGGGAGGAGAGGGGAGGAAGAGUUGGAAUAAGUUAGUUGGCUACCACCCAUUAUUUCUGCUGUGCUUGGCUUUUUUUCUUCAAGAUAAUCAGCUAGUAUUGCAAUAUAAAGCUUCCACUACGGUUGAACUUAUCCAUAACUCAUUGAGAAGUGUUUGCAUGGGAACUGCGUUUGCUGAGGCUCCUCAACUGUAACCUCCUCCUCUUGUAGUGCAGAUUACGUAACUAUAAGAUGGGGGGCAGGUGUUGCUGUGGAUAUGUUUUUCUUUUUUAGUAAUUCAACUUAAUAUUUCUUCAGGCAUAUUUCAGGGAAUCUUGCAUGAAACCAGUUAAGCCUUUUUUUAAAAAACAACUUGAGAGCAGGCAGUGGAAUGAAGAGAAAUGUAGAAGUCUGCCAUGGAGCAAGAGAAGUAUUUGAUGUAAAAUCUUUUUCCCCCUUCGCGCUCUAGUUGCUGUGGCAUUUCAAGAUGGAGCCGUCUCCCUUUAACAGAAGGCAAUGGACUUCGCAUUCUCUGAGGAUCACUGCCAAGGAGUUGUCUUUUGUCAACAAGAACAAGUCAUCGGCUCUCAUGGAGAGGUUCUCCAAGUAAGUUCUGCGACUGUCCUGUCCAAGAGUACUGACUGUUCUUUCUGUGAGAACAGUGGUAACAACUAGCAGCUGGCCAUAUUGGUUUUUUUGUAUGUAUUUUGAAGAGCUCGAGACUCCUAAUCUGGGGUUUGAGCCCCAAAUUGGGCAAAAUAUUCCUGCACUGCAGGGGGUUGUGCUUAGAUGACCCCCGUGGUCCCUUCCAACUCUAGGAUUCUAUGAUUCUACUCCUGUGCUAGAGAAACUGAACAUUAUUCUUGACAUAGGUCUUCCCUCUGGCUUAAUCUGGACAUUCCCAUCCCUCCAAACCAUGGUUUUGUAUUCCUGUAAAUUAGAACCCAACAACAACAAUUUUAUUAUUUACACCCCGCCCAUCUGGCUGGGUUUCCCCAGUCACUCUGGGCAGCUCCCAACUGAAUAUUAAAAACACGAUCAAACAUCGAAAACUUCCCUAAACAGGGCUGCCUUCAGAUGUCUUCCAAAAGUCAGAUAGUUGUUUAUUUCCUUGACAUCUGAUGGGAGGGCGUUCCACAGGGCAGGCACCACUACUGAGAAGGCCCUCUGCCUGGUUCCCUGUAACCUCACUUCUCACAGUGAGGGCACCACCAGAAGACCCUCAGAGCUGGACCACAGUGUCCAGGCUGAACGAUGGGGGUGGAGAUGUUCCUUCAGGUAUACUGGGUUUGACUUUCCCAGGUGUACAGGCGAGUUAUGCUUUAACAACUUGUUUGCUUUUUGUUCUGUCUUCUCUGCAUUUCUUAUUUUAAUGGCCUCUGGAGGUGCAUUUGUGAUUAUGGGUUGUCAAUUCAGACGUCACACUCAACCAGUGUUUGCUGUGAUGUCAGAACUGAGCCCCUGUGUAUUAGAGCUGUUCUCCUUUGCAGAGAUUACUGAACAGAGUAUUGGGGAAUGUCACCAUGUUUUUGUUGAACUAGGAAAACAAACAUCGUGGUAGCUAAGGUGUGUAGCUUGCCAAAUCAUCUACCUUAAGUGUUUUCAGGAAAUGCUUCCACUGGAUUCCUGAUAGAGAUAGCAGCUCAGUUUGAGGUUUCUGAAGGAGGAAAUAAUAGAAUCAAAAGGAGUUGGCUUUUGUAAUCCAUGCUUUCAGCAAUCCUAGCUGGUAUGAACAUGACAACGCCUUCUCCGCUGACAGAAAUUGGAACUGGCUGCAUGUGGAAGCAUUCAAUGUGGGGCAUGGGAGGCUAGCCACUCUGAAUAUUUUAAAACACCUUGUUGCUUAAGAAAUGUGGCCUGUUAAGAGGCUUAACAUGACGUUUCUUCUGCCAGUGCUUGUGUGUAAUUUUCUUACCCACUCAAAAAUAGAGGCCCCCCCCAACAGUUCAGCAUGCGGUUAACAGACACCUGAUUUUUGUACUAAUAAUGUCCUGAUCCUGUACUUGCACAACACCGCCAAUGAGUACUUUGUUGGGCUCUUUUUAGAAAGUGCAGUAGAAUCCCAAACAAUCCAGAGUCUUCAGGAAAACUAUCAGUGUGGAUUGUGUGUCUAUAUAUGGAUUGUCCAUAUUUAUAUAGUUAUAUUUAUUAGUUCCCUGUUCCUAAAAAGUGAAACUCAAAGCCCCUUACAAAAAUGAGCGUUUAAAACAAGGAAUAUCUGUCUGUCUGUCUGUCUGUAUCUAUCUAUAUCUCCCGCUUUGGAAGUAUUGUUCCAGAUCCAGCACUGCUUCUCUGAAUCCUAGUGCUACAUAAUCCCUGGCCAGCAGGUCCAUUUUUUGCUUCUAGGAUUUCAGAACUAUAAACGCCCUGCAUUUAUUUGCUUCCAAUUAUGCUUCAACACAUUGGCACAUUUAUUGUGGUCAGAUGCCACCCAGUGGCAAGAAGAGUUGGGCUGGGCCAGCGUGAAGAUGCUUUUAUUUAUCCACUUAUCCCGUGUAAAAUUCAACAUUUUGGAGCACAGGGUGCAGGGAGAGAUGCAAAAGUAGGAGCUUUCUUCUUUGAUUCGUACUGUUUCUCCAGCCUAGCAAAAUGAUAAAGUGGCAGGGAAUGAACCCCCUGCCACAUAAGGGAGACAGCGAAUUGAGGUGCUGAAGAGUGUUAGAGCAGCACCCAGGAAACCUUGCUGCCCAACCAUUGACGCUCAGCCGUGAAGCUCAUUGUGGUUGACCUUGAACCAGUCACUAUCUCCCAUCCUAAUCUACUGCACAGAGUUAUAAAUUGCAGGGACUGUUACCAUCAGCAUUUGAAAUUCGCCAGACGCAUUUUGCACCUGGCUGUUGGCCACCGGCAACCAAAUGAAGAUGCCUGAGAGCCAAGAUGGUGCCUGGCGUCUCCACCAUCUGGAGGUGUAUGCCAGGGGAUCCUUGGAUCUUGACUGUUUUCACACACUAGUAAUGCAUCAAGUAGAAUUCCAUCCAUUAUAUUUUAUCUGCACAAUCAGAGUGGAUUUCAGGAGCCAAAAAGUCGUAAUAAAAAAAAUAUGACUUUUGAGCCAUCUAGCCCCCAAAAUGGAAACUAGGCAUUCCGUUUUAGAGACCCUGGUUUAAGGAGCCAUUUGGCACCUAGCUUCUAUAUCUAACAUUGCUUAACAUGUAUUCCCCUUUGUUGUUGUUGUUUAGUCGUUUAGUUAUGUCCAACUCUUCGUGACCCCAUGGACCAGAGCACGCCAGGCACUCCUGUCUUCCACUGCCUCCCGCAGUUUGGUCAAACUCAUGCUGGUAGCUUCAAGAAUACUAUCCAACCAUCUCGUCCUCUGUCAUCCCCUUCUCCUUGUGCCCUCUAUCUUUCCCAACAUCAGGGUCUUUUCCAGGGAGUCUUCUCUUCUCAUGAGGUGGCCAUAGUAUUGGAGCCUCAGCUUCAGGAUCUGUUCUUCCAGUGAGCACUCAGGGCUGAUUUCCUUAAGAAUGGAUAGGUUUGAUCUUCUUGCAGUCCAUGGGACUCUCAAGAGUCUCCUCUAGCACCAGAAUUCAAAAGCAUCAAUUCUUUGGCGAUCAGCCUUCUUUAUGGUCCAGCUCUCACUUCCAUACAUCACUACUGGGAAAACCAUAGCUUUAACUAUACGGACCUUUGUUGGCAAGGCGAUGUCUCUGCUUUUUAAGAUGCUGUCUGGGUUUGUCAUUGCUUUUCUCCCAAGAAGCAGGCGUCUUUUAAUUUCGUGGCUGCUGUCACCAUCUGCAGUGAUCAUGCAGCCCACGAAAGUAAAGUAUCUCACUGCCUCCAUUUCGUCCCCUUCUAUUUCCCAGGAGGUGAUGGGCCCAGUGCCCAUGAUCUUAGUUUUUUUUUCUGUUGAGCUUCAGACCACAUUUUGCUCUCUCCUCUUUCACCCUCAUUAAAAGGUUCUUUAAUUCCUCCUAAUACAUAAACUGGGAGAAAAUAUAUAAACUGUUUCCUACAGUGGUCAACCAGAUACCUCUGGGAAGGCCGCAAGCAAGACAUGAUGACAAUCUCUUUCUUCCCAGUCAUUGGCAUUCAGUGUUGUGCUGCUGCUGCUGCUUAACACGGAAAUUUCCUAUAGCCGCCAUGAUGGCUAACAGGCGUUGGUAGACCUGUUUUCCAUGAAUUUGUCAAGUCCCCUUCCAAAGCCAUCUUGGCAAAUGGCCAAAAUUGCAUCUUUGGAAUUCCAUCACUUCCACACUCCUGAGGUGCCUGGGAAAAUGUGGUUGUGCGGCUAUGGUGCUGAAGCAGGAGGGGUAGGAUCCUGAGGCAGGUGGCGCCAUAUAUUCCACGCCAGUCAGAACAGGGGUAGGGCGCCAUGCUAUUUUUCUAGAAAAAGAGGUGCCGGAACUUGCCAUGAAUGCAUCCCUCAUUCUCUGAGGAUGGCAAUGGCGCCCACCUGAGAGGUGCUAGAACUGAGUUCCGGCUGGAAGAAAGCCCUGGAUAGGUGGAGUGUUCAUAUUGUAGGUUUGUUUAAAUUUUAUUCUUCUUUGGCGAUCACUCGUAGCCGAAUAAGAUGUCUUCCAUGAACACGGUUUUAACAGUAAGUCAGUUUAACGCUCAAACUCAGGACAAAAGGGAGAAACGUGCUAAGAGAAAGACAUGCUUGGCAAACCCUCACCAUGAUCAACUCCCACCGAGAAACCUAUGUUCCCACUGUGGAAGGGCGUGUGGAUCCAGAAUUGGCAGUAAGUGACUGUGGAGGCCAAUUCUGGAUCCACACGUCUUUCCACAGUGAAGACAUAGGUUUCCAGGCAGGAGUUGAUCAUUGUGAGGGUUUGCCAAGUGUGCCUUCCUCUUAGUACAUUUCUCCCUUUUGUCCUGAGUUUGAGCGUCUUCAAAGCCCAUGAUACCUUUGGUCAAGGCUGUUCUCUAAUUGGAGCGCUUGCAGGCCAGUGUUUCCCAGGUGUCGGUGUUUAUACAACAUUUUUUCCCCCAUUUGCCUUGAGAGAGUCUUUAAACCUCUUUUGUUGACCACCAGCAUUACGCUUUCCAUUUUUAAGUUCAGAAUAGUUGCUUUGGGAGACGAUAAGCAGGCAUGUUUAAAUGUGUACGACCCCUAGAACAUACUGAUAAUGAAUGGUAUAAAAAUACUGUGAAUAAAAUAAAGAAAUGCUCCCCCAGCCCCCACCCCGUCCAAGAACCUUGCUGAGGUGCACUGAAUUUUUGUGAACCAGGAGGGCUGUACUCCUUUUGCCUCAAAUUCCUAACCUGGUUUGAAAAAUGGAUUCAGAGAUACUGUUUUAUUCCUUUGACCUUCCCUUGUAGGGCUUUAGGAGGGACCAGAGAUGUCCUGUGAUCUUCCUUUCUUUCCCACAAUAAUGUUUAUUGAGUUUCAUACAAAUAUAACACAUACUGUAAAACAAAUAAAACAAAAAUAUAAAACAACUAAAAUGAAUAAAAACAGAAGAUAUAACAACAAACACAUAAACAAUACAAAUUAAUUAAUUAAAGUUCCAACCUCAUAAACAUAUUGCUUGACUUCCUCUAGUCCCUCCCAUCUGAAUUUCCUUGUAACUGAAUGUAACAGCUUUCCAAUAUCAUUAUUCAAAGACAAUAUUCCAAUUAAAAUCAGAUUUCUUAACUUUUCUUAACAUUCUAAAUCUCAUUUAUUUAAUUAACUCCUAAUUUAAUCCUAGGCCUAUCUGGUACUUUCAGGUAACUUCUAAUUUUUAAUAUUACAAUAUUUAUUCAAAUAGACUUUAAAUUUCUUCCAAUCCCUUUCCUAAUGCCACAGAACCAGUAAACCCCCCCAUCCUCAUGCGCAGGAGCACAGUGUAUGUGCCUGACCCACAUGCUGGGGAACCCUGACCUUGAAAGUGGGUGGGUUCCACAUUCCUGGUGGUCCGAGUUAAGAAUAAAUCACCUGAGAGAUGCUUGUCUGCUGGGUCCAUUGUGUGGUACAUGCAGCUGAAGAAUGGCUUGCAAGAAGGACUGAGUGCAUAUCUGCAGGCUACGGAAAGAAUACUUAGGAAAUUCAGGGAAGAGGUUAUCCGGUGAACAUUAGUCAUGGGUGUGGUAACCAGGCCUUAUCAAGAACUGCUGACUCUGGUGUCUCCUCCAAAUGGCUUUUAUUUGGGGACAGUUGAGCAUUUAAAUGCAGAGCAGCUCCACUUCAAACUGCAUUGUGAGUUAAGGGCUUUUAACCAUUCUUAGUCAGAGGCCACAGGGGGCUUAAUCUCCCCCAAACUGCUUUGUUGCUUAGUCGUUUAGUCGUGUCCGACUCUUCGUGACCCCAUGGACCAGAGCACGCCAGGCACUCCUGUCUUCCACUGCCUCCCGCAGUUUGGUCAAACUCAUGCUGGUAGCUUCGAGAACACUAUCCAACCAUCUCAUCCUCUGUCGUCCCCUUCUCCUUGUGCCCUCAAUCUUUCCCAGCAUCAGGCUCUUUUCCAGGGAGUCUUCUCAUGAGGUGGCCAAAGUAUUGGAGCCUCAGCUUCAGGAUCUGUUCUUCCAGUGAGCACUCAGGGCUGAUUUCCUUCAGAAUGGAUAGGUUUGAUCUUCAUGCAGUCCAUGGGACUCUCAAGAGUCUCCUCCAGCACCAUAAUUCAAAAGCAUCCAUUCUUUGGCGAUCAGCCUUCUUUAUGGUCCAGCUCUCACUUCCAUACAUCACUACUGGGAAAACCAUAGCUUUAACUAUAUGGACCUUUGUUGGCAAGGUGAUGUCUCUGCUAUUAAGAUGCUGUCUGGGUUUGUCAUUGCUUUUCUCCCAAGAAGCAGGCGUCUUUUAAUUUCGUGGCUGCUGUCACCACCUGCAGUGACCCAAACUGCUAGUUUGUCAUAUAAUUGGCUUUUAAAGAACUCUUAAAGCACAGUUUAAAACAAUUUGCUGCUGCAGGGUGUGUCUUGUGGGAUCCUAAAGACUGAAUGGAUGUAUUGUGGCAUAGGUUUUUGUGGAUUACUGAGAUGCGUGAUGUGUUGUUUCCAGUCACUUUACCAUUUUCUCCUUCUCUACCCAUUCACAUGCAUGUAUCUGUACCCACCAACCGAGAGGGUGGUGCUUGCCAUAUAUGAAAGCUCAUGCCACGAUUAAUGGAGGCACUUAAGACGUUUAUUGCUGCUGCUGAAUAUUUUGUUACAGGCUUAUGACACCAUAUGGUUUAGAGCAUGAGUAGGCAAACUAAGGCCUGGGGGCCGGAUCCGGCCCAUUCGCCUUCUAAAUCCGGCCCAUGGACUGUUCAGAAAUCAGCUUGUUUUUACAUGAGUAGAAUGUGCCAUUUUAUUUAAGUGCAUCUCUGGGUUAUUUGUGGGGCAUGCCUGGUGUUUUUGCAUGAGUAAAAUGCAGGCUUUUAUUUAAAAUGCAUCUCUGGGUUAUUUGUGGGGCAUAGGAAUUCGUUCAUCCCCCCCCUAUAGUCCGCCCCCCCCAAGGUCUGAGGGACAGUGGACCAGCCCCCUGCUGAAAAAGUUUAGAGGCUUCUUUCUCCUUCGCCAAACAGCCUUGUCAGUCAUCCAACAUUUAGCAAAUCCUCGAAUGACCCACACAUACAAACUUUGUGCGUGCUUUACUUUGCAAGUUUAAAAGUAAAGGUAAAGGGACCCCUAACCAUUAGGUCCAGUCGUGACCGACUCUGGGGUUGCGGCGCUCAUCUCGCUUUUUUGGCCGAGGGAGCCAGCGUACAGCUUUCGGGUCAUGUGGCCAGCAUGACUAAGCCGCUUCUGGUGAACCAGAGCAGUGCAUGGAAAUGCCAUUUACCUUCCCGCUGGAGCGGUACCUAUUUAUCUACUUACACUUUGAGGUGCUUUUGAACUGCUAGGUGGGCAGGCGCAGGGACCAAGCAACGGGAGCUCACCCCGUCGCGGGGAUUCAAACCACCGACCUUCUGAUCGGCAAGUCCUAGGCUCUGUGGUUUAGGACUGCAAGUUUAGGACUGAGAAUAAAGCUAUUUCUCUCUCCAUUUCUCUCACCAACCCUUCUCUCUGCCCCUUUCCCCACAAAGGUACCAGAAAGCAGCCGAGGAAGCAACUGCGGAGAAAAAAAGAAGUGUAAGUAUUGAAAAGAUAUUUAUGGAAUGAAUUGCCACGUGAAAACCAUGACAGCAUCGGAGCUUCUCCAUUUCCUGUAGUGGCUGCUCUUGAGUGUCCUCAAGAGAGUUGUCUUGUCUCUUCAUCUGGUGUUGACUAGGAAACUUGCUUUGUGGAUGUUUUUGUUUGGCUCCUGAGCUCCAGGCCUUGCCCAGCCUCUGACCCACUUUCUUGUCCUUUCAGGGGUUGACCGAAGCACAAGAAAGUCAAGUGACUUUCCCUGGGGUCAUGCACUGACUCUCUCUGUAUCAGCUUCUCAAAACCAGAACGCUCUUAGCUCCCAAGUCCUUUGUCCUAACCUCAAAACUUCCAUGAAUAGCCUUCUGUGUGCUCUGAAGCAAAAGCAGCUGUUAGAUUCUGUACCUUUUCGCUCAUUGCUUAGCUUUGAGGCUUAAAUGGAUGCUCGCAUUUAGUUCCCAAUUUCUACCUGCGCUGCUACCUAAAGGAUACCCUGUAGGAGGAGAUGGAGCUGACCUUGAUUCCCAGUUCCUGAUUAUUUUAUUCAACACAGAAAUAUAGAAGCUGUUUGAAUAAGGAACUGAAGUUGGUAUGCCUCCGCUUUCCAAAAUAACUUUUUGUACCACCCCAAAUCCAUGCCACCAAGAGGAUUUCUGUUUCUAAGUAACAGUGGACGCUCAGGUUGUGAACGUGAUCCGUGCGGGAUGCAAGUUCGCAACCCAUGUCUGUGCACGCGCGGGUUGCAAUCUGGCGCCUCUGCGCAUGCACAAAGUGCGAUUUAGCGCUUCUGCGCAUGCAUGACUGCCGAAACCCAGAAGUAACCCGUUUCGGUACUUCUGGGUUUCGGCGGUCCGCAACCCAAAAAACCACAACCUGAAGCGGCUGUAACCCAAGGUAUGACUGUACUAUUGCUUUUUUUUUUUCCUGGCUCAGAGCUGCUGCUGCUUCGUCCUUUGUACUAAGAUAUUUUUGACCCCUUCUCUUCUCCCCCUCCUGAAUCUCCAGUUCACCAGUUGAAGUCUAUUAUUUAUGUUUCUGCCUUUGUCAUCCUUGUUGAAUAGAAUAUCGGUUCAGGGAGCCCAACAGGUGGUGGGCAUGUUUUUGUUCUGUAUGAAGUGCACGUCAACUACAAAACCCCUCCUAUUGUUGUAAAACUCCCAUCAUCAUAGACCAGGGGUAGGCAACCUAAGGCCCAGGGGCCAGAUGCGGCCCAAUCGCCUUCUCAAUCCGGCCCGCGGAUGGUCCUGGAAUCAGCGUGUUUUUACAUUAGAAUGUGUGCUUUUAUUUAAAAUGCAUCUCUGGGUUAUUUGUGGGGCAUAGGAAUUUGUUCAUCCCCCCAAAAUUUAGUCUGGCCCCCCACAAGGUCUGAGGGACAGCGGACCGGCCCCCUGCUGAAAAAGGUUUCUGACCCCUGUCAUAGACAUCGCUUUAACAAGCCCACAAAGGACAAUAAGAAAAUGGUGAUGCAUGCUGCAGUUAGCACCAUAAUAAUUUUAAAUUGUAGUUGCACUUUAGAAGUAUCCUUGCUAUUACUGUUUUGUGGUGUGCUGUUGUACGUCUACAGUGGAACACAAUGGCCUUCAAAGGAGGGCAACCCCAGCAUUGUCUGGGAACACUUUCUCCACAUGUACCUUACAGACUUUGAGAAUGGGGUGGGGCUGCAUGUGGAAUUCCUGGGUGCAUGCAGCUUUCUGGCCCUUGCACAGAAUCAUAUACCUUGUUGAAGCAGGGCUGGAAGUGCAUGUGAUACUGGGGGUGAGGUCCAUAGGCUUCCAUGGGAAUAAUAAUAAUUUAUUAUUUAUACCCCGCCCAUCUGGCUGGGUUUCCCCAGCCACUCUGGGCGGCUCCCAACAGAAUAUUGAAAACGCGAUAAAACAUCAGACAUUAAAAACUUCCCUAAACAGGGCUGCCUUCAGAUGUCUUCUAAAAGUCAGAUAGUUGUUUAUUUCCUUGACAUCUGAUGGGAGGGCGUUCCACAGGGCGGGCACCACUACCGAGAAGGCCCUCUGCCUGGUUCCCUGUAACCUCACUUCUUGCAGUGAGGGAAGGGAGGAAAUUGCUUCUUGCUCGGAUGAACCAUAGCCGGCAGAUUUCCAGCUUUCAUUUAAAAAAAAAAGUCUGGGGUGCAGGAGCAGAGAAUACAUUUCUAUCAUUUGUAAAUCCCGAAAUAAGAGGCAAAAUGUACACGCAACACUUUCUUUUGUUGUUGUCGUUGAGAAACUAGCCUGCUCCUCCUUUAAGGGCCAGAUUCAACCAAGUUGCUGCCCUAACAGUAACCCACUCAAGCAGUCCCACUAGCGCAGUGGGACUUUCUCCCUUCUCCCCUCCCCCCCCCCGUGCACCCCGCAGAUCUGCUCAGGGGGUUGGUAGACACCCUCCAAAACAUUUCAUGAUGGGAGGAUAGGGGAGAUCAGUCCACCUGGAAAGGAGCCUUCGCUGAAUUCCACCUUCUGUGUAUAACUCUGACAAUGGAUCAUUCCUGUGAGGACUGUUCCCACUCUACUAAUCACCAGGGGUGUAGUUUGGGGGGGUGAGCUGCCAGGGUGAUAACGCUGGACACAUUUUUCUGGAGGGCGUGCUGCUCACACCAUCCUCCCGCUUUGAACAGCUGGGAUUUGAUCAGAUCCCAACCUUGCAAAGUGGCGCAGGGAGGGUGGCGUGAGAAUGAUGCAACAGUCACGCGCCCUUUGAUCCCAGCCCCUUGAGGCUAGAAGGACGCAACGGUGUCCUUCUCGUGCCCCCGAGGUGCUCUGUGAGACUGGGAUCUGUUCAGAUCCAAGGGCUGGUGUGCGGCAGGCUCCGAUUGCUCCCUGUGCCUCACCUGGCGCAUGUGCCCUGGGUGCCAUGAAAACAUGCUCCGCUGCUGCACAUCAAGGAAUGAGAAGAGUGUUUGAAAAGUGUUCCGUUUUUAAAGAACCAGGAAGCAGCCUCGCAUCUCUUCAGACAAUUAAUAGUAGAAGAAGAGGAGGAGUUUGGAUUUGAUAUCCCGCUUUAUCACUACCCUAAGGAGUCUCAAAGCGGCUAACAAUCUCCUUUUCCUUCCUCCCCGACAACAAACACUCUGUGAGGUGAGUGAGGCUGAGAGACUUCAGAGAAGUGUGGCUAGCCCAAGGUCACCCAGCAGCUGCGUGUGGAGGAGCGGGGAUGCAAACCCAGUUCACCAGAUUGCGAGUCCACCGCUCUUAACCACUACGCCAUGCUGGCAUCUAGCUCAGAGAUGCCCACACUGAUUGACAGUGUCUCCCCAGGGCUUCCAAGGCAGGGGUCUCUCUGAUCCCUGGUGAUGCCAGGUGUUAUGUACUGAGCUGAAUCCUAGAACAAUAGGAUUCAGAAUGCAGCAGUCUGAUUGGUCCACAGGAGCCACCCUAUCCAGCUCCAGGUGGAAGUGAAUCCGCAACCUGAUUGGCCUGCAGGAGCAGCCAGUCAGGCUUCUGGAGGAGUGAAUCCGCAACCUGAUUGGCCUACAGGAGCAGCCCAGAAUUAGCCUAUCUCGCGGGGCCCAUUGUGUAAAUAAUGUAUAUAUAGCUAGAUGUUUUGGGGAAAGUUUCAUUCAUUGCUACUAUGAGCUGAAUAAAGAGCAUGAAAUUCACACUCGACUCCGAAUAUAUUUCACUGGCAACGAAGGUGGGAUUCCGCUGAGCUGACUGCCAUGCACAGCACCACUGCCUGCCGCACCGCUACAUCGCACCGUGUAUCCAGGCUUCAGCUCCGGGACACAAGGAACUCAGAAUGGCAACUGACAGCAGCUUCUCACCGUUCAACCCAGCAUAUUCCACCGGGGAUCGUGUCUGUAUGCAUAGCAGAUGUUCUACCUUUUUGGAAUGUUCUUCCAUUGUCACAGCUGUACAGUGGUGCCUCGCAAGACGAAAUUAAUUCGUUCCGCAAGUCUCUUCGUCUUGCGAGUUUUUCGUCUUGCGAUGCAUGGUUUCCCAUAGGAACGCAUUGAAAAUCAAUUAAUGCGUUCCUAGGAAACCGCCUUCAGACCAGGUCCGGGUCCAUUCUGUCCCCGGACCUCUUCUGAAGGCUGGGGGGGGGGGCAAUGGCUUUUCUUCCCACCCCAGCAUUUUAAAAACCCGGGACAGCGGAGGACUUCUCCGCUGUCCGGGCGAUCUUAAAAUGCUGGCGGGCGGCAUUUUAAAAUCACCCCGGGACAGCGGAGGACUUCUCCGCUGUCCGGGGCAAUUUAAAGCCCUGGGAAGGCAGGCAGGGGGACAAAGACUUUGCCCCCGCCAGCCUUCAGAAGAGGUCCUGGACCUCUUCUGAAGGCGGGCGGGGGCGAAAGUCUUGCUCCCCCGCCUUCAAAGCCCUCCGGGACAGGCAGGCAGGGGAGCAAAGACUUCGCCCCCGCCCCGCCUUCAGAAGGUCUUCCCUCCCCCGCCCGGCUCGGAGCACCGUUCCGAGCCGGGCGGCGGCGGGAGGUCUUCCCUCCCCCGCGCCCGGCUCGGAGCACCGUUCCGAGCCGGGCGGCGGGAGGUCUUCCCUCCCCACCGCCCGGCCCGGAGCACCGUUCCGAGCCGGGCAGAGGCGGGAGGUCUUCCCUCCCCCGCCCGGCCCGGAGCACCGUUCCGAGCCGGGCGGCGGGGAGGUCUUCCCUCCCCACCGCCCGGCCUCGGAGCACCGUUCCGAGCCGGGCAGAGGCGGGAGGUCUUCCCUCCCCCGCCCGGCUCGGAGCACCGUUCCGAAGCCGGGCGGCGGGGAGGUCUUCCUCCCCACCGCCCGGCUCGGAGCACCGUUCCGAGCCGGGCAGAGGCGGAGGUCUUCCCUCCCCCGCCCGGCUCGGAGCACCGUUCCGAGCCGGGCGGCGGCGGCAGGUGUUCCCUCCCCCGCCCGGCUCGGAGCACCGUUCCGAAGCCGGGCGCGGGGAGGUCUUCCUCCCCCACCGCCCGGCCGGAGCACCGUUCCGAAGCCGGGCGGCGGCGGCGCAGGUGUUCCCUCCCCGCCCGGCUCGGAGGAGCCUUCCGAGCCCGGCGGCGGCGGAGGAGGUGUCCCCGCCCGCCGCCAGGCUCGGAGGAGGUCCGAGGACAGUGGGAAGACGCGCUGCGCUUCCCGCUGUCCCUGAGAUUUCCCUAUGGGCUGUCGUCUUGCGAAGCAAGCCCAUAGGGAAAUUCGUUUUGCGAAGCGCCUCCAAAACGGAAAACCCUUUCGUCUAGCGGGUUUUCCGUCUUGCGAGGCGUUCGUCUUGCGGGGUACCACUGUACUGUUCUCCCCAAACUGUAUCAGUGUACAAAGAAAAUGCACGAAGCUUUUGGACCCAACACUAUGCAGAGGCAUUCAGUAGAAACAGGUGGAAACUUGAAGUACAACCAGUUCCAGGGGAAGUUGUUGUUCUAGGAGGAUCCCUCUUUUUGUUCUUUUUAAAUUUGAUCUGCCUUUCUAACACCUCUGGUGUUUGGGUCAUCUAAGUGACUUGUGAGAGGGGACUCUUUCUGAACAUAGCAAGCAGCCUGAAGUGAAACCUAGUCCUGGAUAACAAUUCUGACAGUGAUCUGAUAGUCCCUUCAAUCACAAUGCUUGUUCUCCUCCCUUAAGAGUUAUUUCAGGUAGUUGCUAAGGCACAGCUUCUUGUAACUUUCUUCUUCCUCCUGCUUCUGCUAGUGUCCUGCUUGCUCAAGAUAACCUUCCAGUUUAACCAAGGAUAUUUGAGAACUGGAACUGAAUUGUCCUCUUGGGGGACACAAUGUUUUGUUUGGGCAGGCUUGGGAAAUUCUGUCCCGCUUUUGAUCGUUAUCAAAUUUGGCUUCAUUAGGAAGCAUUCCUUGUCUUGUGUCUGAGUCAUUGGAUUUAAGAGCAGACAGUCGGCUAGUUGCUGGGCAUUUAAGGAGGCAGCAAAAACUGUAGCAUGCAGGCUGGUAAAUCUUUCAGGCAACAGAAAAGGGAUAUCAAUAGCAGCUAUCAAUAGCAGCAGUCAAUCAAAACUCUGGACAAAUGGUUUACUACACUUCUAUACUGAUCAAUAACUGAUUUUUUGGGACAGUAUACCUUAAUCAAGGCUAAAACCAUAAAGAAGAGCAGUACGUAAAAUCUAAAAUGGAACAAAAACAGCACAAGACAAGAAUAAAGCCAGCAAUGGAGGAUCACGGUAGUUUACAAGCAAUGCCAAAACAAUUUCUGAAAAGUAUAGGAGAAUAAAAAGGGCAGGCAGAGGGUUUUCUUGGAGUGGCUCCCAUCAGAUGCCAAGGAGACAAAUAACUGUGCAACCUUUAGAAGACACCUGAAGGCAGACCUGUUUAGGGAAGUUUUUAAUGUUUUAUUAUGUUUUCAUAUGUGAUGGAAGCCACUCAGAGUGGCUGGGACAACCCAGUCAGAUGGGUGGGGUAGAGAUAAAAAAAUAAUAAUCAUCACUUGGUGCCAAAAAGACCACAGUUUAGCUGCCAGACAAGCCUCUUUAUGGAAGGCAUUCCACAAUUAUAUUCUGUGAACCACCCUGAGAUCUUAUGAUGAAGGGUGGUAUUGAAACCUAAAUAGUAAUAAUAAUAAUAUUAAAGGUAAAGUACUCCUGGAGGGUUAAGUCCAGUCAAAGGCGACCAUAGGGUUGUAGUGCUCAUCUCCCUUCAUGCAGAGGGAGCCAGCGUUUGUCCACAGACAGCUUUCCGGGUCAUGUGGCCAGCAGGACUAAACCACUUUUGGCACAACAGAGCACUGUGACGGAAACCAGAGCUCACGGAAAUGCCGUUCACGUUCCUGCCACAGCAGUACCUAUUUAUCUACUUGCGCUGGUGUGCUUUCGAACUGCUAGGUUAGCAGAAGCUGGGACAGAGCAACUGGAGCUCACUCCAUCAUGGGGAUUCGAACCGCCAACCUUCCGAUUGGCAAGCCCCAGAGGCUCGGUGGUUUAGAUCACAGCGAUGAAGGGUGGCAUCUAAACCUAAAUAGUAAUAGUAACAAUAUUUUAAAAAUAAAAUAAAUAAUACAUUAGACAACACCACAGAAAAGUCUCCCCCUUUAGUCGCUGGCUGUCAUUUGGUGAGGAGAGCCUUGGAAGAUAACCUCAAGAGUUCAGACAGGUAUAUGUGGGGCAAGAGACUUGCUCCUCCAGGUAACCUGGCCUCAAGCCAUUAAGGGCUUUAAAGGUUAAAACCAGCACUUUGAAUUCCCUGAGCUGAGGCAUCAGAGCAACCGGGAAGCCCUGGCAGCCGAGAGGAGGAGUCAGUUGCAUGCCAGGCCUCCCUGUGCAGCGGGACACCUGGCGCUGGAGGCUGGUUUGCGAACAAAAGCUUCAAGAACACCUUGCUAUAUUGUGCGGCUCUUUCUCUCCCCUCCCCACCCCCCACCUUGCUGACCUAUUUGGCCUUCUGCAAAUUUGAGCCCAGCUUGAAACCAAGCAAAGGGCCUAAUAUAUUUUUGCGGCUUAGUUGGGGAUUCUUGUUAAUUUGCAAAGGGGUGUUCGAAAUGUGACCAGAAGAGUAAUAGGGUGAGAGACUUAAAUCCCAAUAUAGCCGCUAAUCCUGCUUAAUACGCUAAAGCUCUGCAGACCUGCUCCACUUUGCGGUUAGUCUCGAACCGUGCUUGGUAGGAUACGGAAGGAACACGCCGCGGAGAUGCAGCGUUGGCAGGUAUCGCAUCCGAGUUCCUGGUUUGGAAAAGCGAGGAGGGGGGCUAGCCUGCUGUCUGCCGCUAAAUAAGUAAAAGGCUUGGCUUGGCUGGGGCGUUCCGUACGUGGCGCUUUACAGUUUGAAUGCAUAGCGUACGGCGAACGCAAGUUCGGACAAGUAUCCCUGAAAGCAUGUGGCCGAAUCUGAUAAAAGAUAUAAAAAAUAAAAAUUCCAAUUUCCUGCCGGUGUGGUGAGGAAGACACUUGCUGGAGUGCUUCAGGCAAAGGCUUGUUAAGGUGGCCAGGCUGAGACAUAAUCCUCCUGUUUCUUAAAGUGCCUGCUAAUUGGUCCCCUGGAACAGAUGGAGAAAUUCUGCCGCAUUUGGCAAUAGCCAUUUCAUAGAAUGGCAUCCUUCCUGAAGCCCUUCCUUGAUUCCACUUGCCGGGAGCCGUAGGUGGAUUUCUGUUCCCAGGUUUGCUUUGAGCAGAAUUUCCCGAGACAAAAGGGCUAGGUCCUAACUCUUCCAUUAGUCAGGCUCCCUUUCUUCCAUAUAAGGCCAUCCUGUUUUAUCAUUUCCUGCUUCAGCUCCUUUUUCUUUCCCUCUUCCUCCUCCCUCUCUCCCUUCCUCACCCUGGAUGCAAGCUUUCUCCAUGUGGCACAAGUUGCAACUGUUCACAGCUGUCUGAAACAGCAGAGAGGGCUCAAGGUCGGCGCUUUCGACUUCCUUUCUUUGGGGAGAGGAGGGAGCGGAAAAGCAGCCAAGCUGUUCUUGGCUUUUUGUUUUGUUUUGUUCCUUUAAGAAAUAAUAAUCCUGGGACCUUUAAGUAACCGGCAUUAACUUCUUGCUUGCUUCUUGUUGUCGUUUCUUCUCCUCAGAACACGGAAAACCUCCCCCCUCAUUUCAAAAGGGGGACCCUCAGCGUCCUGAAGAAAAAGUGGGAGAACCCGCCGCUGGGGACAGAGGCUCGGAAGGAAGCUCUCCGAAGCAGCUGCGCUGAGGUUAGGCAGAAGUCUGUCAGCCCCGGUGGUGGAAUUGAAGGCAGCGCCGCUUCCCUAGCCGAAACUGACAAAGGCCCGGGGAUUGGUCCCGGCUUGCGGCUCCGUUCCUCUUCCGGAGUGAUUGGCCGGUUCAGAUAUCCCAGUGUUGACAGCGAGGAGGCGAAAGCCCAUUCGCCCGAGAGUGGGAAAAUGGAAAAUUGCCUUAGAGAAUCCAGACCAGAAGUAGGAAAGCCUGAGGCCAAUGAAAACCCAGAUUCUUCAGGGAAAAUAGAGAAAUGUAGCGUUCCUCUGAGCAGGCUAAAGAUGAUGUUUGAGAGGGGGGAUGCGAGCCAGACAAAGGUAAGGAACUGAAUUGCUCCAGCUCCCCUUGGCUGUUUUUUUAUUUUUUCCUGGGGGGGAAACAAGGGGGUGGCUCUCAAAAGACUUGCCCGCUGUGCAAGUGGUGAUUUUAUUCUUCCUGUGGUAAAACGCAUCUCAUGGCUAGCUGGAGAAGUGCUAAUAUAACUCUGUGCCCAAGGGAGAUGAAUGCACACUGCAGAAUGCAAUUUUCCCACAUGCCACACACACACACACACACACACACACUGCUGGAACAGGAAAUUGAAUGAACAAGCACGCUGGCUCCAGCCAAGCCCCAAAGAUAACUGUGACGGGCACGUCUUACAAUUUUUUAAAAAAGAAGUUUGUGUGUGAUUGCAAUUGCAAGCCGUUGCUUUCUGCAGCUGUGACAGACACAGACUGAAGAGAGCCGGUUUCAUAUGGGAGAUAAGCUUCUGCUGUCCUUUCCAAUGUGUGCAUGUCAGCAAAUGUUUCUUGUCUGCUAAAAAAAAGGGGGGGGGGAAUUACCACAGGAAAAAUGCGUGAACAUAGGCUGAGAGUGCCUGCUUUUGCUAGUUUUGACUUGCAAAUUUCACAGGCCUUGCAUUUUCCUACAACUGCUCAUGAAAUCUGAUCCUGCAUGUGGACUGCAGACUGUGUCCCCCCCGGGAAAAUUGCGUAACUAGAAAAUGAGUUGCAUAUGCCAAUGGCUUCAAACACAGUCUGGUUGACUUUUUCCAGUUUUCUCAUAGUUUCCUUCACUUUCGUCCCUUUGCAUAUGUGCCGAGUUUUUGCUAGAAUAUAAACAGGUAUGGCUGAGACCUUUAAAUAGCUGGAGGCUUAGGAAAGCCCAAAUAGCUUUCAGUCAAGGUAAAUUUAAUAAAAUUAGUAUUUAAAAUUGUUUCAGGAAGGAAUGGUUUGCUUUAUCUCAGUUGUAACUGAUUUUAAUUUGCUGACUGAGCUGUUCAAUGAGUUCUGAAAAUGAUGUUCACUGGAGAAACCGCAGGGUGUGACUCUGUAGAUCUCUUCCAAGAAACUGACACCAGCUCUCUGGAGAAUAAUAACUGCGUUGCCCUGAGCAUAACAAAAGAAACUGUUUCCAAGAGAUUGGACCACUUAGUCUAAGUGUUGUUAUUGUCGAUAUCAGGAAAUAAUAAAAGUAGAUUAAGGCCUGUUCACAUUAAACCAUGGUUUGUUUUAAAUUAUGGUUUAAUGUGAAUGCUUUUUCCUCAGUUCCUGCUUCUCCACAAAUGAAAGAAGCCAGUUUUUGGCUUUGCAUGCUGUCUGAACCCUAGCUUGUGGUUUGUUUCCUGCAAAUAAAGAACAAGCAGUAGCCAGGGUUUGUUCUUGGCUGACCAUGGUUUGCUCUUGCGGUUCCUUUGGAGGAAGCAAACCAUGAAACCUGGUUUUGGGCAACAUGACAAGCGAAACUUGUUUAGUCAGCAUUGGAGCAGUGGAAGGAACACAACAAGAUUGUCUGAGCAGUGUGUACUUCCAACUACAGUGGUAUCUUGGGUUACAUAUGCUUCAGGUUACAUACGCUUCAGGUUACAGACUCCGCUAACCCAGAAAUAGUACCUCAGGUUAAGAACUUUGCUUCAGGAUGAGAACAGAAAUCGUGCUCCGGUGGCAUGGCUGCAGCAGGAGGCCCCAUUAGCUAAAGUGGUGCUUCAGGUUAAGAACAGUUUCAGGUUAAGAACGGACCUCCAGAACAAAUUAAGUACUUAACCUGAAGUACCACUCUAUAGUUUAUCGUGAACUAUGGUUUAGCUUAAUACGUGAACCAGACCAGCUUGUACCACUCUGGUGCAUGUACGAACCUUCACAUUGUACAAAAUAUUUUAAUGUUGUGUUUCCUAGAAUUCUAAACAGAAACUGACUGAAUGAGAGGUCAUUUUACUGCUCCUAGUGAGCGAUCAAGUUUUCCCCAUAACAUGGCAGCUUAGCUGUCUAGGAAUAUUCUUGAAGCAAGCCAGAUAAUUUGGGCUGCCACAGCAGUUCCAGAGAGACAGAGUGCAUACGUUGCGAGCUAUAUCCUCCAGUUUGAGUGCACAUUUAUUACCGUCCCAGUUUGUCGAAUGGAAAGAAAGGGAAGGGCUUUUUUGUUCAGCUAACCAACACGGUUAUAAAUUAUUUGCAUUUGAGUUGUUGUGCUCGGAUAGUCACGCAACACUAGGUGAUCCUACUAGGGUGGGAAAUGUCUCUGGAGCAGCUGCAACCACUAGAUUGUGAGGUACACAGACUUUUUUUGGUAAACUGGUAGCAUAAUAAUCUGCACUUCGUUCAGGCAUACUUACACCCAUGCCGUUCAGGAGUUGCAGCCCAAGUACAGUGGUACCUCAGGUUACAUACGCUUCAGGUUACAUACGCUUCAGGUUACAUACGCUUCAGGUUACAGACUCCUCUAACGCAGAAAUAGUGCUUCAGGUUAAGAACUUUGCUUCAGGAUGAGAACAAAAAUUGUGCUGCGGCGACGCGGCAGCAGCAGGAGGCCCCAUUAGCUAAAGCGGUGCUUCAGGUUAAGAACAGUUUCAGGUUAAGAACAGACCUCCGGAACGAAUUAAGUACUUAACCCGAGGUACCACUAUAUUUGAAACCUCUUUCUUCCCUCCCUCUUCGUCCUUAAGAUCUUCCAAGGAUGGCUACCGAAAAUGCAGAAAGGCCUGAUAUUUAAGAAGGCAAUGGGGCCUUCUGCUCUGAGCAAGGAUUGCUUAGGAAAGAUUUUCAAGCGCCAAGACUUGUGUGCAUGUGAUGUUCGCAUCCGCAUGCCAUAAAAGAGCAUCACUGUGGGAAGAAGGUAAUGGAAGGGCGUUCAAGUCCAGGCAAUGAGUGCCUCAUUCCUUGGGCUUUGGGAGUUGGCCGAAAUCCAUUUUGGCUUGCUUGAGUCAUGGAGUGGACAUAUCCUCUGGGAUGAUGAAGCAAGAGGUGCAGUAGGGGCUGCCAGCUAUGAUUUAUCUUUCCAGGGACUGACUGACUGACUGCAGGGACUUCAGCCAGUGAGCUGAGGUUGGAUAGCUGUCAAAGAGUAUAGAAUGAGGUGCAGGAGAUCCUAAACAGUGAUUAGAAAAGGACUCUGUGUAACUUGGAGCACUUGAGAGCGGAAAGUUAGGGGAAAUGGCUUAUUAAACUUAUUUUUAAUAAUUUAAAAAAUCCUGGUUUGUAGGAGCCUGCCCAUUUUCAGAUGAAAUCAGUUUUUCUCUAAAACAAAGCCCCACAUUACAACAUUUCCGGUUGGUUAAAUUAACCACAGGCAGGAAUGCAAUCUUAAUUGUUUGAAUAUUAAGAAACACAUUUAGACAGGAUGAAAUUAGAUCAGAUAGAACCUUAAAACGCAAUUGUGUGUAAUCUGAGUUAGAAGCAUCGCUGUUGGGUGAGCGGGUAGUCACUAGUUUUGUUGAGUUGGGAUAUAAUUGUUGAGUAACAAAUGUAACUUCUAUAUGGGGAAAAGAGAAUAAAAUAUUAUUACCAAACUUUUUUUGUUUGAAUCCACCUGGGUUCAUGGGCGUAGCCAAGGGGGGCAGAGGGGAGACUGCCCCCACUUCAAGUAAAUAAAUAAAAAUACCUAACUGACCAAUUGUGUCGCAGAUAGCUCUGUUCUGCCCCCCCCCCCAUAAAUAGCGCCCCAAUGUAAAUCCUGGCUAUGCCCAUGCCUGGGUUCCAGUCACUAGCAGAGAGCCCUGGUUUUCUGCAAAAGAAAUGCUACUAACUUGCCAAUUCAUGAGGAUUCUCUGAGCAUGUACCAUGUGUGAGGUAGGCAAAGAGGUGAUACCUCAUUAGAAGUAGACUUUAUUUUUGUCAAGAUGCUGGGAACUCCGGAAGAGGACAUACUGUAAUUCCAACUCCUGAUGUGCCCAAGUAGUUUUCCUGGAGCUGGUGCAAGUGCAUUGCAAGAGACUUUUUUCACUUGAGUCGCCAAUCUAACGUUAUGCCUGGAAGGACGCAAGUCUCUGAAGACUGCGGCCAAUGAUUCUGUCCUUCAGGCUUCUUAAUUAGAAAUCGACCCUUAAAACAAUUGAGACCCCAUUACUGUCUGAAAGCACCACACCCUUUGAUUAAUUAUUCCUGCCUUCCAUCAGGAUUUGUAAAAUGAAACACUCACCAGCACCUUUAAAAAAACCUGAUCUGGUUCUUCCUUAUGAUGCAGAGUACCAAAGAAAACACUUUUAAAUACUUCAAGGGAUUCGUCCGUUCGGAACAGAGAAAUGGUCUUGAAUCGGGCAUAGGCAAACUCUGGCUCUCCAGAUGUUUGGGACUACAAUUCCCACCAACCCUAUCUAACAGGACCAGUGGUCAGGGAUGAUGGGAAUUGUAGUCCCAAAUAUCUGGAGGGCCGGAGUUUGCCUAUGCCUGCUCUUGAUCUCUCUCUAGAUCUCCCUCUGAUGUUAAAACUGCUUGUGCCUUGAGGUUGAUUGAUCUUGGCUUUUGCACUUCAUCUAAAAAGAGGGCUGUUGAAUCACAGAAUUGUAGAGAUGGAAGGAACCACGAGGGUCUUUUGCCCAACACAGGGCUCGAACCCACAACCCUGAGAUUUAAGAGCACGGGUGAGCAAACUUUUUCAGCAGGGGACCGGUCCAGUGUCCCUCAGACCUUGUGGGGGGCCGGACCAUAUUUUGAAAAAAAAUAUGAACGAAUUCCUAUGCCCCACAAAUACAGUCAUACCUCAUGUUACGUUUGCUUCAUGUUACGUUCUUUCAGGUUACCUCCCGCGGUGACCCGGAAGUACCGGAAAGGGUUACUUCCGGGUUUCACCGCUCAUGCAUGCACACAAGUGCCAGAUUGCGCCACACACCUGCGCAGAUACGGUGCUUCAGGUUGCGCUCUUUUCAUGUUGCGAACGAGCCUCCGGAACGGAUCCCGUUCGCAACCAGAGAUACCACUGUAACCCCAGAGACGCAUUUUAAACAAAAGCACACAUUCUUCUCAUGUAAAAACACCAGGCAGACCCCACAAACAACCCAGAGAUGCAUUUUAAAUAAAAGGACACAUUCUACUCAUGUAAAAACACACUGAUUCCCGGACCAUCCAUGGGCCGGAUUGAGAAGGCGACUGGGCCGCAUCUGGCCCCCGGGCCUUAGGUUGCCUACCCAUGUUUAAGAGUCUCAUGCACUGCCAACAUGUUCUUCCAAGGCACUACUUGAGUCCUGCUUAUGGGCUACCCAAAACUAUCUGACUGGCCGCUGUGAGAGCAGGGUGUUGGACUUAGACGGGCCUUUGGUGUGAUCCAGCUCUUACAUUCUUAAUAACUUUUAGUGUAAUGAACUCUUAAGUCUACUGAACCUGGGAGGUCUCAUAAAGUGGGGAGGCGUGACUGUGACUACUCAGACUCUACACAGGGAUGGAUGAUAGGCUGUUUCAGGGAGGGAUGCCCCCUUUCUGGCCAUGCUUCUGUAAGUUUAGUAGCUGAGUGAAGGAUAGAAACCCACCUACGUAACUUUUCCUGACCGAGGUGGCUUUUCCUGCAUCAGCAGGGCUUUAGACCAGGUGAUCUUUCAAUAGCACUUGCAACUUUUAAAAUUCUGCACAUGCAUAUGUGCAUUUUUGCAUGUACAGUGGUACCUCGGGUUACAUACGCUUCAGGUUACAGACGCUUCAUGUUACAGACUCCACUAACCCAGAAAUAUUACCUCGGGUUAAGAACUUUGCUUUAGGAUGAGAACAGAAAUCGUGCUCCAGCGGCGCGGUGGCAGCAGGAGGCCCCAUUAGCUAAAGUGGUGCUUCAGGUUAAGAACAGUUUCAGGUUAAGAACAGACCUCCGGAACGAAUUAAGUACUUAACCCGAGGUACCACUGUAGGUUUGUGCACAAUUCUGUGUAUAAUUUGUUGGGCUUUAAAAAAAACACAACCCUGAGUGUUUCAGACAUAAAUGGGCACUCGUUUCAAGAGGUCGUCUGAUUCGAGCAAAGUUUGAUAGGGUCAGAACUGCCAAAUUAUGUGCAUAAAUCCACUUAAAACUGUUUCCUCCUGCAUCUUUAGUUAAGCACCCACCCCAGUUGUUCUUGCGUUCCUCAUGACAGGUUUCUUAAGUUUGCCUUCUUCUAACAAAAGAAAUCAGAAACUCCUGUCUGCUAGUUUCUGCUUGCACAAUGGGACAUCUCUUCCCCUCCCCUACAACCCACGGUAGGCUCUCAAAAUCUGCUCCAGACCGUUGGAAGAGUCCCAGGAGCAGAUUUUGGGGAUGUGCAGCGAAAGAAUAGGAAGGGGAAGCCUAGUUGUGUGAGGGGAAGGAACUCUACCUGUGCGGUGUUGCAUACAGUCGAUGAAACCCGGUUAGGUAUUUAGUUUGGCCCUCGAACAUUCAGUUGGAUUUAACUUUCUAGUCAGAACCCCAGGUCCUGCUGUCUUCCCUUGUCUCCUUUUUGAAGGGAGCAGGUGGCGCUGUGGUCUAAACCACAGAGCCUCUUGGGCUUGCUGAUCGGAAGGUCGGCGGUUCGAAUCCAUGCGACGGGGUGAGCUCCCGUUGCUCUGUCCCAGCUCCUGCCAACCUAGCAGUUCGAAAGCACAGUGCAAGUAGAUAAAUAGGUACCGCUGUGGUGGGAAGGUAAACAGCGUUUCUGUGCGCCCUGGUUUCCGUCAUGGUGUUCCAUUGCGCCAGAAGUGGUUAGUCAUGACCCAGAAAGCUGUCUGUGGACAAACACUGGCUCCCUCGGCCUGAAAAGCGAGAUGAGCACUGCACCCCAUACUGUAAUUGCCUUUGACUGGACUUAACCAUCCAGGGGUCUUUUACCUUAUUAUAGCCUUGGUGACUAUUUGAUCCCAACCUGGUUUAUCUGGGAGCAAGCCCCACUUACUCCAACGAGAUUUACUUCUGAGUAGACAGAGGUUAGAAUUGCUUUGCAAAUGGACAUUUUGAUGCUCUAGCAAUUUGGUUCAACUGAAUGAAGUGUUUUUUCCCCUUUCUGUUCUAAACUUCCUGUUAAGAAGUUUCCAUUCCAUGGAAAGUAGAAAUUGCUAGGUUGCAGUGAACUUUAUUAUAUGUGGCCGUUACAAGCAGGCGUGUAUUAUUUCCCUUGCCAGCUUUCGCAGGCUGCUCAUGCCCCAAAGCAAUUACGUUUUGAAUUUUUUUGUAUUUUAAUUACGAUACCUUCAUUGAAAUCAUGACUCCAGCUUCUUCCUGAUGCUGGGACUUCCUGGAACUUGAACGCUGACCUAAAGUUCUGUUGACACAAACUAUUCAUGUUAAGUGUUUGGGAAAAUCCUCACCAAAACGAAUUCCUGUCUGCUUACGGCAAGCUGGGGGUUGGGGAGAGAAGACGCGGGUUAAGUUGCUCCAAAUAAACUUGAGCAACCUCUCGCUUUCAUUUGAAAGCCUCUACAUUUAACAAGCGUUUUAGCUGAUCUGCUUUCUAGCCAGCUGCAAAUUGUUUAAUGUUUAUGUAUGCUGCUAAAUUGUAAAAUGCAUUUUCUCAAGCUUUGAGUUACCACCCACUGGUAAAAGGAAAUACCAUCUUUAAUCCCCCCGGCUCAAUAUUCCUAUUAAAGUAAUAAUCCAAAACCCAAAAUUGCUUCCAAAAUUUUUGUGCCUUUGACUUGCAGCCCCCACUGAUUCAGCUUGAAGCUUUUUCUGGUUUUGAAAGCAGCCCAAAUUAGGGCUGGGUGAUAUCUGGUUUUGAAUAUUGCGAGAUACGACCCAGCUAAAUAUUGCAAUAUACCGAUAUAUCACAAUGUCUGAAAUAAGGAUGGAGCUAUGCAGAGACAUUGGCUGGCUUCACAGUUUUUCCCACAUUGUGAUUUUUGCAUAGGUCAAAAAUUAUGAAACCAAUAUCAUGAAAAUGGACUUGAAACCGGUUUUGGACAAUAUAUCGCCUAGCCCUAACACACAUCAUGGUUUGAAAUAUAUUUCCAGGUCAAAAACUAUAAAACCAAAUUGCUAUAUGGACUUCAAACUGGGUUUUGAUGAUAUAUCGAUACAUUGCUCAGCCCUAGCCCUAGACCAAGGUACCUAAGCAAUUAUUUCUUCUGGAUAUGCAGUUUGACAGAGUCCUCUGCACUUCUUAAAGACUUCCUGUCACAUGAUAUUCCGUAAAUAGGAGUCUCUUUCAUUAGAUGUGGAGAAAACAGCAGUGGGGAGCGUAUGUCCAUAUACAGUGGCACCUUGGUUCUCGAACUUAAUCUGUUUCAGGAGUCCGACUCCCAAAACCGUUCGAAAACCAAGGCGCGGCUUCCGAUUGGCUGCAAGAGCUUCCUGCACUCAAGCGGAAGCCAUGGAAGCCGCGUCAGACGUUCGACUUCCAAAAAUGUUCACAAACUGGAACACUUACUUCCGGGUGUGCGGCGUUCGGGAGCCGUUUUGUUCGACAACUAAGCCAUUCAAGAACCAAGGUAUCACUGUAUACCCAUUGUGUGCAUGCAUUGCGAUAAAAUUGAGGAAAAGAGUAUGUUCACGGACAUAGAUAUCAACAAGGCAACAGUUCUAUUUCCUCUCUUUUGAAUGCCUGAUUUAUGCCCAAUAAUAAUAAUAAUAAUAAUAAUAAUAAUUUAUAAUAAUUUUUUAUUUAUACUCCUUUCAUCUGGCUGGGUCUCCCCAGCCACUCUGGGCAGCUCCCAACAGAAUAUUAAAAACACGAUAAAACAUCAAACAUUAAAAACUUCCCUAAACAGGGCUGCUUUCAUAUGUCUUCUAAAAGUCAGAUAGUUGUUUACUUCCUUGACAUCUGACGGAAGGGUGUUCCACAGGGCAGGCGCCACUACCGAGAAGGUCCUCCACUGGUUCCCUGUAACCUCACUUCUCGUGGUCAGAGAACCACCAGAAGGUCCCUGGAGUCGUUCCUCAGUGUCCGGGCCAAACAAUGGGAGUGGAGAAACCUUCUUUGCACUGAGUUGCAGCCCAUUGUAGGUUCUGGUGCUAAAAAGAAGCACCCCGCCUUGAUGCAAAAUAGAAAAAUGUAAAUAACUCCUGCCAACCUAGCAGUUCGAAAGCACGUCAAAGUGCAAGUAGAUAAAUAGGUACCGCUCCGGCGGGAAGGUAAACGGAGUUUCCGUGCGCUGCUCUGGUUUGCCAGAAGUGGCUUAGUCAUGCUGGCCACAUGACCCGGAAACUGUACGCCGGCUCCCUUGGCCAAUAAAGUGAGAUGAGCACCGCAACCCCAGAGUCGGCCACCACUGGACCUAAUGGUCAGGGGUCCCUUUACUAUGUUCUAUGUGAAUAAGCAGCCUGCUAAAGAUCGCUUUACUAAUUCUUCAUCAACAGAAAAUCUUGAGACCUUUGGUCUGAACUGGUGGUGAUGGACCAGGAAUGAGAGGUUGGGAGUUGUGGUGGGUAGCUCAAGGAAUAUGUUGACCUAAUGCACGGCACGGGUGAAAAAGCCAAAUCCCAUGUCAGGGAUCAUUAGGAAAGGAUUGAAAAUAAAACUGCCUAAUAAUCAUAACAAUGACAUGAUAGAAGUUGGUCAAAUUAUGCCUGGCACUGGAGAAGGUUGAUAGAGAAAAGUUUUUCUCCCUCAUAACCAGGGCCGGAUUUAGUUUUGAUGAGGCCCUAAGCUACUGAAAAUAAUGGGGCUCUUUAUAUGUCCAACUGUACUUUGUCAACAACAAAUUGUAGCUGUUUUUUGUGUUGAAUACAUGCGAUAUGGUAAUUUAUGGACCUAAUAGGUAUCUAAAGCCAUUUGCACAUAACAAAAUAUGUAUUUUAUCAAAGUAAUUUUGGAAAAGUCCAUGCAGAAUGCAGGCACUCUAUAUAGAGAAAUGAGCAAACCAGUGAUAUUUUAGGGAGUAGGCUAGCAGGCGGGGCUAUUACUUACAUCAUAGGAGCCUACACAACACAAAACACUGUUGCUGUAUGUAGGUUUUAUUUUAUUUGUUUUUUAUUUUAUAGCUUGGAAAUUUACAUCCACCUUUUUUUCCUUUAAAUUUUUUUGGGGACCCCAAGAGAGUGGGGCCCUAAGCUAUAGCUUGUUUAGCUUAUACUGUACGUAAAUGAGUCAUAACACUGGUUGGUCUCUGUGAGAACAGAAUGCCAGUCAAAUGUACCAUUAGCCCCAUCCAGCAAGUUCUUCUUAGGUUCUUUCUGUCUUAAGACCCAUGUGAUUGCCAGUUUUGAGUAAUUAUAUGCAGGCCAGUAUUUGUCAUUCUUAUGAGAUUUCAUUUUUAUUGGCAUUGUAAUUUUUCGUUAGCUUCCCUGGGAAUCUGUAGAAAGGUGGAGUUAAAAGUAAUAAACUUCUUUUUUAAAAAAAACACAACAAAAUUAAAGGUUUGUGCAAGCCCUGGGGCCUCAUUUGGCAGUGUGGCUUGUCUGUCUUGUACAUUCAGCUUUGUAGAUUAAUAUUAACUUAGUUUAAGAUUCCCACCUAGCUAGGUAAAUGUGGCCUACCUAGGUUAUAAAGAAAGUGGUUGUGAUUGGUACAGUGGUAUCGGUGCGCAUGGAAUCAGUGCUUUUUUUUCUGGGGGGGGGGGAAGUGGGGGAACUCACCACAAAGUUCGUUUGUUCGUUUAUUGUGAGCCCAGUCGCUGUGCUACCCCCAGCCUCUGCCCAAGGCAGUGGCUAAAUGUAAGAUGUGGUUAAUAAGCUCAAGCAGACAAUGAUCUGGAUUAUAAGUGGCCACAACUUUGAUUACAGAUAUAGGUGGAUUUUUGGCUCAGACAUUGGAUGUAUAUCUGUUCUAGCCCCAACAUACAAAAAAUUAAUAUUAUUUAAUUUUAAAAAGGUAAGGGGAACCCAGUUUCCUCUAAAAUCUGCUCAAGAAAGCCACUGCAUGGAAUGAUGGGUAACCAUUAAAAAAAGAGAUCUCUGCCCCUUUGGUGCAGAGAUGUGGGUGGCGCUGUGAUUUAAAACACCAAACCUCUUGGGCUUGCUGAUCAGAGGGUCGGCAGUUCGAAUCUGCGCAACGGUGGUGAGCUCCCAUUGCUCUGUCCCAGCUCCUGCCAACCUAGCAGUUUGAAAGCAUACCAGUGCACGUAGAUAAAUAGGUACUACUGUGGCGGGAAGAUAAACGGCAUUUCCGUGCGUUCUGGUUUCCGUCACAGUGUCCCAUUGUGCCAGAAGCGGUUCAGUGAUGCUGGCCACAUGAACCAGAAAAGCUGUCUGUGGACAAACGCCGGCUCCCUCGGCGUGAAAGUGAAAUGAGCGCUGCAACCCCAUUGUCACCUUUGACUGGACUUAACCAUCCAGGGGUCCUUUACCUUUACCUAUAGUUUAAUGUUUGACGGGUGGAAGACAACUGAGGGAGGGUUGGGAAGGGAGAUGCAAGAAUGAGGAGGCAGAAAGACAGCUAGCUAAGCAUGCAUGCUUUGUUCCAGCUGGGAUGGAGAGUUAUACGAAAGUCUUAAUGGACGAAGUAGGUUCUGGGGAGUGCAUCUGAAGGAGGAGAGAAGGGAAGCUCUGAGUCCAGACAUAGAGUAGCGAGGAGGAAAGAGCAAAGUAGUUUUAAGCGAGCUGGAAAUCUCCAGGUGGUUUAAGGCCACAGAUCAGGGAGAUGGAAGGUCUUUGGCACAGGAGCUAAAAUAAGCAUGAGGAGUAGAAUGGGACAGAGGAGAAGAGAGAGCUGAGAAGUAAGGACAAGGUAUUUGUGCUGGAAGGGAAGCUACUGGAGAUAUUUGAGGACAUCCAUGAUACAGAGAUAAACAAAUACUCGGCCACAGAGUUCUGGAUAGAGUUGUGGAAGGACUGAGGUUGUGGCAAAAGGAAACCUAGAAGGCUUGUAGCAGAGGCAGGAGCUAACCAAGCAUUUCAGCCAGGGAAACCGAGGAGAUGUAGAACUGAUUUUUGUUGUUACGUAAAUGAUGUAUAUUCUUUAUAUUAACGAAUAUAAUUUUAUUGGCCAUGAAACCUGUGUGCUCAAAAGCACGAUGCUCAGACAAUCCGUUUCGGAACGAGCCAGUAAACUGAUGGGUUUGUGCCUUUCUUUCCUUUUGUUUUUAAAGCAGGUUUUUCGUGACCAAGGCAGGGCUGGUGGUGGUAGGAGAAUCUCGGAGAACAGCUUUUCCUCGGAAGACCUUGACUUCAGUUCCGGAGAAAGAAGCCACAAUGUCUCAGGUGGGCAGCGUUCAAUGUUGCAUGGAUCUUUGUGUUAUGACGGCUUCUCCCCAAAUGGUACGGUACACUGGUUAAGCAUCAUUUUGGCAAAGUGGAAGAGGGAUCAUCUCCAAAACCUGGGAUGUCCGAGGACGGCACUGCGGAUCAGCAGUGCUGCCAUACUCCAUGGUUUGAGGGGUAGCAAAGCAUGCCAGGACUUUUUUCUGUGGUGGCCCCUGGUUUGUGGAAUUACCUCCCUUCUGAGGUGCAUAUGUGCCAUCACUUCCUGCUUUUGGACAGUUGGUCAAGAUGUAUCUCUCUACCCAGGCCAUCAACUGAGUGGAUGUUUUCCCUCCUUCUCUGCUGCUGCACACUACAGUGGUGCCCCGCAAGACGAAUGCCUCGCAAGACGAAAAACUCGCUAGACGAAAGAGUUUUCUGUUUUUUGAGUCGUUCCGCAAGACGAAUUUCCCUAUGGGCUUGCUUCGCAAGACGAAACGUCUUGCGAGUUCUUGCGAGUUUGUUUCCUUUUUCUUUAAGCCGCUAAGCCGUUAAUAGCCGUUAAGCCGCUAAUAGCCGUGCUUCGCAAGACGAAGAAACCGCAAGACGAAGAGACUCGCGGAACGGAUUAAUUUCGUCUUGCGAGGCACCACUGUACCGUUUUGUCAUUCUGUUGUUAGCUGUUUUGUUAUUUUAAUGUGAAUUGUAUUCUGCCGAUUGUACUUUGUUUUGUAACCUGCAUUUGGACCACUUGGUGAAGGGCGAACAAACGAUAAACUAAUUGAUGUUCCUCUCAUUUUAUGCAGAGUAGCAAUAAGAAUAAGAAUAAGAAUAAGAAUAAGAAUAAUUUUAUUAUUUAUACCGCACCCAUCUGGCUGGGUUUCCCCAGCCACACUGGAAGGCUCCGCAGAAUAUUAAAAACAUUCUUAUAUAAUGAAAACCUAUGCCCUUCAUUUUAAUGUGCAGGACUGAUAUCUCUGUGUUGUUUUUAAAAUUACAGUUGCAAAUUUAAAAUUGCGAUUGCCCCCUAUGCGCUGCUGAGAUCUUCAGUUUUUAUUUUUGGUCCCUGAGGCGGCAAGAGGGUGUACAGUACAUGAAAUAAAAAGGGGCCAGUAUAGCUAUUUCGUGUUACAAGGAAAACCAUGAAGGCACACAAUAUAGAUUCAUGUGAGGCAUCUCUUGGGAUAGCAUUAUUCCACGCAUGCAUAAGAGAGCAUCGAUAGGGAUGCAUCCAUACCACAGAUAGCAGCUGGAGGAUUAUUGUCAAACUUCUUCCUUAUUAUUAUGAUUGAUGCAAUGAUCUUUGUCAUCAUCACCAACAAUGCUAGGGCACCAUCAUCAAGCAUUGUAAAUCAGCGUUAUCAUUUCCCCAAAUUGUACAUUUGGGGGGGUUGGGAGAGAAACUAAGGCAAAGACUACCUUGGCAGAGGCAAUAUUUGGAUUGGGAGAGGACUUCCCGGUUCAUAGCUGAGUCUGCUGACUGAUUUGUGGUUCGUAGUCCAUAAUUUAUUUGUCCUUUGCUUUACCAGUCUGUGAUAAUCCUGCUAGCAGUUGCUUUCCCGAGGGAAAUACAGUUGUUUCUUUUGACAUCUUUCCCUCCACAGCCAGUGCUAUUUGCCUUGCAUUCCUGAGCAUUUGCUUGUAUUGCACCUGCUCACCGUACAAGGCUUCUGGUGGCAUGUACUUGUGUGUAUUGAUGUUUCCUGUUGCUACUGUUACCUGAAAUGAAUUGGCAGACACGGAAGAAGGGGGUUGGGGUGGGGAGAGCAGAAACUCUUAGCUGUUGUGAGUGCAGAAGCGACCAGAGACGAUUCUUCAACGGCUGUAGGAUAGAUAGCGUGACAUAACAGUGCAACUAGGUGGGAGGCCAGGACAGUUACUUGACCCACCCUGGGUUGUACCAUGUCCUUUAAAGUGAGGGGGAAGCUAAACUACACUAUGGGGUGAAGGGAUGAGCCUUUCCAUUGCCUUCUUGUUGCCUCUGAAACAACAGUUUUGGGGGGUGUUUCUUCUAGUGACCAAACAUAGCCCCAGCAGUUUGGAGAAGAGAAUCUGCCUUUAGGUUCAAACGUACGAGCAACAAAAAGGUUCAGGCUUCCUCUCACCCCCCCCCUUCUGUCUGCCAAUGCUACACUUUUCAAAGUCUCCCCAUUCUCCUGCCUUGAAGGGACUGGGCAAUAAUCUGUUCCUCUCUCGGUGCCAGUUUGGCCCUUGGCUAGCAAAGGAGAUUGUGGAUCCUUUAAAACAGGUGUCAGAACAGCCCUUGAGAUGCAGUUAUCAUGCCUUGGUUAGGGGAAAUCAAUUCCUUGAUGGCCUUUCUCAUUCCAAAUACCAUCCCUUUCUCUUUUCUGCUUCCCUCUCCCACCCCCACCCAAAAAUAUACAGUGGUGCCUCGCAAGACGAAAAUAAUCCGUUCCGCGAGUCUCUUCGUCUAGCGGUUUUUUCGUCUUGCGAAGCAACCCUAUUAGCGGCUUAGCGGAUUAGCGCUAUUAGCGGUUUAGCGGCUAUUAAAGGCUUAGCGGCUUAGCGGCUAAAAGGCUAUUAGCGGCUUAGAAAAAGGGGGGGGAGCGAAAAAAAUCGCAAGACUCGCAAGACGUUUUCGUCUUGCGAAGCAAGCCCAUAGGGAAAUUCGUCUUGCGAAGCGCAUUGAAAAAUGGAAAACCCUUUCGUCUAGCGGGUUUUUCGUCUUGCGAGGCAUUCGUCUUGCGGGGCACCACUGUACGAUUUCAUUCCUGGGCAAAUCUGCAUUAGGGGACGUGGGUAACACUGUGGUCUAAACCACUGAGCCUCUUGGGCAGGCAUAGGCAAACUUGGCCCUCCAGAUGUUUUGAGACUACAAUUCCCAUCAUCCCUGACCACUGGCCCUGUUAGCUAGGGAUGAUGGGAGUUGUAGUCCCAUAACAUCUGGAGGGCCAAGUUUGCCUAUGUCUGUUCUUGCGCUUGCCGAUCGGAAGGUCGGCGGUACGAAUCCCCAUGACGGGGUGAGCACCCAUUGCUUUGUCCCAGCUCCUGCCAACCUAGCGGUUCAAAAGCACACCAGUGCAAGUAGAUAAAUAGGUACCGCUGUGGCGGGAAGGUACACGACGUUUCCGUGCGCUCUGGUUUCUGUCGCAGUGUUCCGUUGCGCCAGAAGCGGUUUAGUCCUGCCGGCCACAUGACCCGGAAAGCUGUCUGUGGACAAACGCCGGCUCCCUCGGUCUGAAAGCAAGAUGAGCGCCGCAACCCUAUAGUCGCCUUUGACUGGACUUAACCGUCCAGGGGUCCUUUACCUUUUUACCUUAGGUAAAGGUAAAGGGAUCCCUGACCACUAGGUCCAGUCGUGACCGACUCUGGUGUUGUGGCGCUCAUCUCGCUUUGCUGGCCGAGGGAGCCGGCGUACAGCUUCCGGGUCAUGUGGCCAGCAUGACUAAGCUGCUUCUGGCGAACCAGAGCAGCGCACGGAAACGCCGUUUACCUUCCCGCCGGAGUGGUACCUAUUUAUCUACUUGCACUUUGAUGUGCUUUUGAACUGCUAGGUUGGCAGGAGCAGGGACCAAGCAACAGGAGCUCACCCCGUGGCAGGGAUUUGAACCGCCGACCUUCUGAUCGGCAAGUCCUAGGCUCUGUGGUUUAACCCACAGCACCACCCGCGUCCCUACCUUUUUACUUUACCGACUAGUAAUGACAACUGUCUGCUCUCGUGUUCUAGGUCAUCCGCUGUGCAUCUCUCCGACAUCAAGCCUGGAGAAAGCAGAGAGCAGAAAGAAUCAGGAGAUGCCUCGCUUGUCGGAAACAUCCAUCAAGGAUAGGCUUGCUAAGUACCAGGCAGCGGUCUCUAAGCAGGGAAGCUCUGGUGGUCUUGUGGUAGGUCCUCCCUUUCCUAUAACUGGCCGGCUGGUGCUUUACCAGAGCCCACUGCAUGAGGGGUGACUCCAGCGAAGGCUGAUCUUGUUUGGAAGAAGGUGCAAUACUUGGAUCCUUGAGGAGUGGCGUUGGUGACUUGUACAAUGCAUUUUAUACAGUGCAUGUAGGUUGUUUUAAAGCUGCUGAAAGGGUUUUCAGACACCCCUCUUCCUCCUGCUUUUGGAAAUGCUACUGUCUCUUGGUUUGCAUGUGCCUAGCGCUCUGCCUCUGAGGAUCUCUGCAUGCAUUCGGAAACCAGCCUGGCCAUCUUGCUGGGAGCAUGUUUCUGGGGGGAAGCCAGGUGCAAAACGGUGAUGUGACUUGCCCAAAGCCUUGCUAUCUUUUCUCUCUCCCCCCCCCCCCUUUUUUUCCUGGUUCAUUGUAUGGUGUUCUGUGUAAUCAAUGGAUUCAUCUUCUCCCUGCACGACACCCACCCCCGGCUCCAAGCUCCAAUUCAUCCAUAACAAUGUUAUUUGUUCAUGCUGUGCUUCUGUGGCUGAUCUGUACUUGGCUAGACAAAUAUUUGAACGGGAGAUGGAAUAGCUGCUAUAGAGCAAUUUGUCCUUCAAGGGGAAAAUUAGCAGGAGUGCCAGGUUUCCCGAUUGGGGGGGUGGAGGUACUGUUUUGUUCAAAAUUGGUGACUUCUGGUAGCUUUGUGUCCACAACCCAGUAUCCUCCCAGACUCAUGAUAGCUUAGCCACUGCUUUUCUUUUUCUGGAUUAAAAAGGGAAGCAUGUGUCACACUUUGAGGUGAAAAAACUUGGGUGGUUUGGCUUUUUAAAAAAAGUGUAAAAAGGUAAAGGGGCCCCUGACCAUUAGGUCCAGUCGUGGCUGACUCUGGGGUUGCGGUGCUCAUCUUGCCUUAUUGACCGAGGAAGCCGACAUACAGCAUCUGGGUCAUGUGGCCAGCAUGACUAAGCCGCUUCUGGCGAACCAGAGCAGCACACGGAAACGCCGUUUACCUUCCCGCCGAAGCGGUACCUAUUUAACUACUUGCACUUUGACGUUCUUUCGGACUGCUAGGUUGGCAGGAGCAGGGACCGAGCAAUGGGAGAUCACCCCGUUGCGGGGAUUCGAACCGCCGACCUUCCGAUCGGCAAGUCCUAGGCUCUGUGGUUUAACCCACAGCGCCACCCGCGUCCCUAAAAAAAGUGUAUGCAAGAGUAAAAAGGGGAAAGCGACAUGCUUAGAAGAGCCCACAGCCUCUUCAUCUUCCCCACAGAUUGCUGAUGUGACUUGAGCAGAGAUGUGGGGCCGUAUUCAGCUACUGCGUCCUGCCUGCGCAUGGAUUUCCGCUUGUGCAACAAGAUUUCCUCCCUCCCACUGUCUGUGCCCUGCACCUUCCCCAGUUCUGCUCCAGAGAGUUGGGGUAACCCCUAGUACAGAUUUAGGGGUGGAUGCAGAACGGGGGAGAAUGUUUUGUUGCGCAAGCGGAAACGUUCCAUUAAGUGCUGUGUUCGAUUGCACCCAUAGUUGGCAACCUCCCCUUGCCAGGGGCAAAGAACCCUGCUGUCUCAGGGAUGGUGGAAGGAUCAAAUUGCCUUCCAAUACAGAGCAUAUGUUUCUUUAUUUAAAGCAAUUGCUAUGCUGCUUAACACCAUAGUUUCAAAAUCAGAAAAAAGCUGGCUUUGCUGAAAUUAUUUUUUUUCUAAAAAAAGGUCUUCACUAGGCAGCUGAAGUUCAGUACAAAGAGAGGGGCCUGUUUGAUCUUGGCGAUGAGGUUGUUUCGUAGAAUUGGGCCGAUAAUACUGAGUACAUGGCACUUGGUGGAUGUGUCUAAGCCAUGUGGGGGGCCACUAACAGUGACUCCCCCAAAGACUCUGUGAUCAUGCAGGGAUAUAAGGGAGUGGAUGGUCCUAGUGGUAUACUGGACCCAAGUUGUUAAGAGCCUUCUAAAUUAAUACAAUAGCCUUGAACCUGAUUUUAAACACAGGAGUUAUAUAGUGUCAGAGGUCUGUCAUUGUCCCCACCCCCUGCCUCUUCCCAUCUAUCCCAGCAGAGGCUAAUGGGAAAGGAGGCAAAGCUGGAACAAUAAAUCAUACAGGGAUACAGCAGGCAGACUCCUUUGGAUGGGUAUUGUGUAUGCAAGAGCCUCUAAUAAUGAAUUCUAUUGUUUGUUGUAUGCUGUUGUGACCCUGCACACAUUUUGAGCAUCGUAAGCAGGUAAACACAGCACAAUCUAGAUUUCAUAAGCACUAGGGAAGUUGGUCUUCCCUUCUGCCUCUCUUGCCUAGGACCCUCGUACCUACGGGACCGCCUCUCUUGGUAUGCCCCACAGAGGAACCUACGGUCUGCAAAUAAAAACAUCCUGAAGGUCCCAGGCCUCAGAGAGGUUAGGCUGGCCUCAACUAGAGCCAGGGCUUUCUCGGCUGCGGCUCCAAUCUGGUGGAACGCUCUAUCACAAGAGACUAGGGCCCUGCGGGACCUGACAUCUUUCCGCAAGGCCUGCAAGACAGAGUUGUUCCACCAGGCCUUUGGUCAGGGCCCAGCCUGACUCCCUCCUCUGGCAACCUGCACAGAACUUUGCUUAACGGUUGCCAUUAAUUUGAUUUUAAUUAAUUUUUAUAAUGAAAUGUUUUAGAAUGUUGGAUUAUUUGAUUGUUUGAUUAUUUGAUUGUUGUUAGCCGCCCUGAGCCCGGCUUUGGCUGGGGAGGGCGGGAUAUAAAUAAAAUUUAUUAUUAUUAUUAUUAUUAUUAUUAUUAUUAUUAUUGCGCUAACAGGGAAUUCUCUGAAAAUUCUUAAACUUCUCGAGUGCUCCAUCUUGCAAUGGGCAGGUUCACCUCUCUGACACAGGGCCUUUCUUCUUCUUGCCAUAUGCAGCGCCGUAUUUCUGAUGCUCUAGUUCAGUAAUUGAAAGGAAAUUAAUGGCAUGGGUAAUUGCACCUUGAUUAACAAAUCUGCUUAACUACUAACGGCUUCCCUCUGCUUUGCCUUCAGUUUCUUGCCUUGCUUUCUCAAAUAACAGGUGUCAGCAGUCUGUUGGCUUCUAGGGGUGAAUUGGUCAAUGCACAGAGCCUCUUAAGCACAUGAUUGUGUCCAGAUUUUUAAUAAUAAUGGCAGAAGAGGCUGAGAAUCCCAGAUCAGAAGCAAUCUUGGGGCUGAACUCCUCAUUACACAGAAAUGUGCCUAGCAGGAUCCCAGGGACCCCUUGUAAAGGAAAACAGUGUUUGUGUGUUUUUUGUGUUUUGGGGGGCGGUGUUAUUUCUUCACUGGAAUAGUGGUGGUGGUGGUGGUGGGGUGCUUAACCCUUUACCUGCCAGCAGCUUUUCUGCUGUAUCUUCCACUCCAUGGGACUCCAGGUCCGUUUGCCUUCGUGAUGGAGCUGAGAUUUGCUUCUGAGCAUCAAUGUGGUGGGUUUUUCAGGAAAAAGAAAAAAGAAAAAUCAGGCUAAGUUGCUUAGGGUAAUUAGCACCAGAAAAAAAAACUCACUUUGAAUGGGAAAAAUCUGCUGAUGCCCAGAUCCAAUUUAGCAAAUGAAAGUAAAAUAAAAAUGCUAAACAGAGCUAAAGAUUUUGCAACUGCCAAGCUUGUCUAAUAAUGCAUUUGCAGCUGGUAUCCAAUGGUUGUUACUUAAAAGCUCUCCGCCAUGCGUGGAAGGCAACGAAUGUUUGGCACACCAGCUUUAGAAAGUUAGAGCUGCUUUUGCAGUUGUUUUCUGCAGUUGUUUUGGCUGUGUGAUUUUGCCCAUAUGCAUAAUGAGGGUUUUCCCCCAGCCAGAACUCACUAGAACUCAGUUCUGGCACCUCUCAGGUGGGUGCCAUUGCCAUUAUAAGAGAACAAGGGAGGUGUUCAUGGUGAGUUCUGGCAUGGCGAGUUUCUAGAAAAAUAGCACUGUGCAUAAUUCCCGGAACGUAACACCCAUGUAAGAUGUAAGUCGACUGUACAUGCAAUAGCUAGUUAAAUUGGAUGGUAAGCUAUUUUUUUUAAAAAAAACAAGGCAAUAAAAUGAAAUAAAAGCAUGCUUUGUAUGGAACCUGUGUUAACAGCGUUCAGGAGACUGGAAGGCAAUGUUUCUUAAACAUUUCCCCUUGCUUGAUGCAAGGUUUUUGGAUCCUUUUGUUUGAAUUUGAAGGGGAUGCAUGCUUAUUUAACGACUUCUCUGCUAAUUUGUGGUAAAGCCUGACAGCUGGCUUGGGUCAGAGUUCAGUGUCUUAUUUUGUGAAGACUAUUAGUAACAGUUGCUGUGUAGGAUAAAUAACAGCUCUGGCCACCUAAGAGCUUCAUCUAGUAAGGAAUAAGGCCUCUCUGGGAAAACACUCUAACGUGUUGAUAGAAACUGCUGUAUCUUGACACUCAGGGCUCCAGCGUUGUUGUUGUUUUAAAGCCACUUUAAGGAUACGAUUGAAGGGUGGUAUAAAAAUACUUCCGUUUCCAUUGUCCUAUAACAUACCCGACUUUCUCAAAAGACUUGAGCGAGCUCCCCCCCCCCUUUAAGGACUUAAAAUAUACCAACGCUCAAGUGCUUUGUCAUUCUGUAGAGUGAGACUCAAGCCACUGAAAGCGAAGAUAAGAGCUACAAUUGUGAACAGAAGGAGAACUUGCCACCGUCCUCAGAAGAUACGUUUCCCCAGCAGGAUGGGGAGAAGGUAAGAGAUGGAUCGUGUUGGGUGAAGAUCAGAACAGCUUCGCUUGGGAGUGGAACUGCUUGGAGACGCACACCCGGAACACUGUAAAACCGCAACAUCUGGAAACUCGAGUUGUAUCUGCUGAUGUAAAUUGAUUGCAGGCUGUGCUGAGGUUCUGACUAUAACAUCACGGAAAACAGCAUUGAAUCUAAGCCAUUGAAUCUAUCUGUAAAGCAUGCUAGGGUUCAUAUCCUUUUUUUCUUCCCUUAGCACCGGCUACCUAAAACUACAUUCCAGCGUUGUACAAGUGCAACAGGACUUCACUUUCCUCUCUGCCCCCUACCCCUGCACUCCCUCAAUCUGCUUGGGAAGAGUUCCUUAUUAUAAUUAUUAUUUAUUGAAUUUAUACAACACCCUAUACCUGGGGUCUCAGGGCGGUUCACAGAAUAAAAUCAAAACAGCAACCAAAUACCGCCUCCCAAAAAAACCCCACUUUUUAAAAGGGCAUAGGAUGUACAUCGGAUCAACUAAAGGCCUGGUUAAAAAGGAGUAUUUUUGUCUGGCACCUAAAGGUGUAUAAUGAAGGUGCCAGGCGAACUUCUCUGGGGAGAGCAUUCCACAGAUGGGGAUCCACUUCAGAAAAGGUCCGUUCUUGUGUUGCCACCCACCACACCUCUCGAAGGAGGGGGCACAUGAAGAAGGGCCUCAGAAGAUGAUCUCAGGGUCCGGGUAGGUUCAUAUAGAAAGAUGCGAUCCUUGAGGUAUUGUGGUCCUGAGCCGUUUAAGGCUUUAUAGGUCCUUAAUCGUCUGGAGCAAAUUUUGAGGGGUGGGGGGGAGGAUAAGAAAGCGAAGUCCUGUUGCAUGAGUGGAAGUCAGUUCUGCUUGCACACAGAUAGUAUUGGAUAUAACCCAAAGGUUGCUAGGUUAAUACUGAGUAGCAUCCUGUCUUUGUCACCGAAAAAUUUACUGCUCCAUAGAAACAAAAUGUGAGCUCCAGCGUUCUUCCAUAUCAGAAUGUUAAAAUCUUAUUUCUAUCUGUAUGUUUUGCCUUGGGUACUUUUCAGGGUGGCUGGGUAUCUAAAUCUUGCACAGUAUUCACUUGUUGCAAGGGGGUUUUCUGUGCAGGAUAUGUUUCUGGCGGACUGUUUCCUUUUGCUAACUUUGGGCAAGUCACUGAGACCAACACCUCUGUCUUUCCUUCCUCUUCCCACCCACCUUUUGUUAAAUUGGGAGUGGAAACUCUCUGUCUCUUCUGUAAGUGGAUGUUUCAUCAGAAGUGGAUAUCCUCAGCUGGAAAAUUCUAAGCACAGAUGCAAAACACUAGAGAUUUUAGUGCAGUCAGAUACUGGAAAUGGUGUGAAACAUCAUUUACUCCUGUCAUUCAACGUGUGCAAAACACAAUGAUUGAAAUCCUGUGUACAUUUAGGCUGCCUAAACCCCACACACCUGGGAGUAAGCACCAUGGAAUUCAGUAGGGUUUACUUCUGAGUAGUCAUGGUUAGGAUUGUGCUGUAACUGUGCACUGGAUCGCAGCUUGAGGUUCGAACUCUCGACCAUGUGCAGUUUUCACCCUCACCUUAAGUUCUUUGGAUUCCCAGAAUCAGUGCCUCUUCCAUUCAGUGAGUUUUGGUAUUUAAACUCCUUUUUCACUUUUUCACAGCAGAACUUCCCACAGAAAAUGGGAGAAGCUCCCUAGCCCUGCAUUAAAUCUCUCCCCUGUCCUGCAAUUCUGCCCCUGCUUGCUUUUAUCAUUUCAGAAAUAAACAUCUUGAAGCCCAGUUCUUAUGCUUCUUCGAUGAUUAGUUUUGGGGAGUAUGUACAAGUCUGUUUCAAAUGCUAGUAAUUUGGGAUGGUGUGCGUGUAUUAGCUUGACUUUUGGAGAGCUAUUGGCAGCUUCCUGAUUCUCACUGGGCAGAUCCUCUCAGGCAACUGUUUUAAAUCCUCUGCUGGGUAACCUCUUCCCCAAUAAAAGGUGAGCUCACUUAAACACACAUAUUGAACUCCGUAGUAAUUCCUGUCUUUGUUCCCUUUUCUGCAGCUAAAUGGAUGGUCUGAAUGAAAGGCCUCUUCCUGCGGAUUUGAAAGAGUGAAUAACUCUUACGUUUAUAGGCAUUAUUUCCUCCCUAUGGUAGGGUUGCCAUAUUUCGAAAAGCAGAAACCAGGAAAACCCCAAAGGAAGACUCCCAAAACUGUUGAGCUUUUCUCUUUUAAAAUAUGCCAAAAACCCCCACAAUUUUUCGAUUGGCUGGCCCAAGAUCCAGGGCAAAGCGCUGCCUUUCAGAAAUUCCCCUCGGAAGUCAAUUCCGCCUUUGACAUCCCAGUAACAUCUGGGAAAAUCCAGGCAUAUGGCAGCCCUACCGUAUCGUGACUAAGCACUUGCAUGAUGGGCUGAUGAGCACAUGCAAGAACGCUGAAUAGACUGGGGUGAGGUAGGGGAGGGGUGAGAAUGUGUUGGCACUUGUCUUUUCAAACACCCAUGUAAAACGUGUUGGCCUUCUGUCCUAGCUGGACGUGGGAAAUGAGUGGAAACAUUUCAUAAGCCUAACCCAUGUGCUUAUUUGCACACACACCCUUUAGUUUGCAUGCAGAAAGAAGUGCUUUUUGGGUUCCCCUGGUAUCACAGGAGUAUCACCCUUUUGCCGGGAGCUCCCUGACACUGUCGAAUGCUUAGGGAUCUGUUCCCAAAACGAGUCAAAUGAGCACAGUGUGUUUAUCCCAGCUUAUGUGCUUCCUAACUAAUUCUUAACAGUUCUGUUGCUCGGAAUGGGGCUUCCAGUUGUUAGUAGCAUCUAGCUAAUUUACACCGUUAAGCUUAUUAUGGCGUAUUUAGUUCCUUAGUGUGAGCAGCCUUAAGCUGCAUUUUAUUUAAUAGAGCAGACAUCCUAGAGGAGGGAAAUGGCACUCUUGUGUUACGACUUUAGCCCCUUCUUCCUUAUAAUUGCCCUGAAUUCAAAGAAAAGCAAAUGUCUGUAGCAGAAGCUGCUGCUGAGGGGAUGGUGGCUUGGAAAAUGUCCACAUAUAGGCAGGAUACAAAGCAGUAUCAACUAAUAUAAUAGUAUGUAUGAAUCAAGAGAUUCUAGCAGUAUUGCGGGGGCCGCGAUGUAGGGUUUUAUUCAUACAACUGGCCCUGCACCUACCUGGGAGAUAGUUCAAUUGGUAGAGCGUGAGACACUGAAUCUCGGGGUUGCAGCAUCAAGCCCCACGUUGGGUAAAAAAUUCCUGCAUUGCAGGGGGUUGGUCUAGAUGGCAGUCAUGGUCCCCUCAGACUCUACAAUGACUGUGUGUUAACAGCUUGGGGAGGCGAUUUCCUGUAGCCUGUAGGUGUGUAGUAAAGAUACAGCAAUACCUGUACCUCUGGGUUUUGGAGCGCUGUGGUAGCAUGGCAACCAUAGCUAGAGGUUAAAAGUGAUCAGUUUGCGCUCUCUCUCUCUCUCUCUCUCUCUCUCUCUCAUUAGAGCAUCAUGGGAUGCUUUGAGGUAGCCCAGUAUUCAAACCAGUGGCUAUAUGCCUAAGAUUCCAGAUUUAAGAAGGUAAAGGUAAAGGACUCCUGGACAGUUAAGUCCAGCCAAAAGCGACUAUGGGGUUGUGGCGCUCAUCUAGCUUUCAGGCCGAGGGAGCCGGCAUUUGUCCACAGACAGCUUCCUGGGACAGGUGGCCAUCGUGGCUAAACCACUUCUGGUACAAUGGAACACUGUGACGGAAACCAGAGCGCACGGAAACGCUGUUUACCUUCCCGCUGCAGCGGUACCUAUUUAUCUACUUGCACUGGUGUGCUUUCGAAUUGCUAGGUUGACAGGAGAGCUGGGACAGAGCAACGGGAACUCAACCCGUCAUGGGGAUUCGAACCGCUGGCCUUCUGAUCGGCAAGCCCAAGAGGCUUGGUGGUUUAGACCACAGCGCCACCUGCACCCCAAAUUCCAGGUUUAGGUGUAUAGGGAAGGCCCUUGUACAUUGAGAAUCAUCUCUCAGCAGCAGCUGUGUCUGCAGUGGAUAAUCCACUGGGAGAGGCAUGCUAUUGGGCCUUCUGAUGGAUUGAGGUCAUUUCCAAUUAUCUAUCUUGACCUCAAAUCCUUAGUAUAGUUGAGGCAAUUUUUUAUCUCUGGGUCUGUAGAUUGGAUAAUCUCAACAGUCAUCAACCUUAUCCAAGGAAGAUCUCUUUGUAGCUCAUAAAUUCACAUGUCUCCUGCCCUCUCGGUAGCGUAGUCUUCCAAGGCGGAAAUGGCUACAACUGCUGUUAGACUGUUUUGAGGCCAGCCACUUUUUAGGUCUUCAAAGAUGUUUUGUUGGUGAAAAUAGGACAAAGCUGGCUUUGAAAAACACAUCGCCACAGCGGUGAGAAACAAAAACAGCAGACACCUUUAAUUUUCAAAGGGCCAAGAAUUUGCUCAAAAAAUAAAAAUUGGUAUAUGGCCUUGAGUUCCUUGUUCAUUCAAGCGGUUACGCUUUCUCUGAGAUGCUAUAGUAAAGAAAUGCAGUGUUUCCCAAACUUGGGCCUCCAGCUGUUUUUGGACUACAAUUUCCAUCAUCCCUUAUCACUGGUCCUGGUUGCUAGGGAUCAUGGGAGUUGUAGUCCAAAAACAUCUGGCGACCCCAGUUUGAGAAACAGUGUUGUACAGUGGACUCAGUGGUUUCUUUCAGCUGAUACAGUGACUUCAUACCUAAGUAGGCAACGCAGACAUUUAAAUCGGUGCUGUCAUCUUUAAACACCUGUUACGCUGUUGAGGUUGGCACCGAGGGACAGGUAUGGUCCUGAAUUUGUUGUUGAGACACCUGGAUUUGGCUCUGCCUCAGCAGUGAUAGUAUCAAGAUGAAAUGGCAAUGAGAAGGUACUUUAGGCCAGGUGAAACUAUGGUCUCUGCAAAUUAGGAGCUUCAGUGGAUGAAUCAUUUCCCUUUCCACCCUAUGUUAAGGCAACUGAAAUGUAGAAUCUAAGGGCUUUUGGGCGACACAGAUCUCUGAGUUGGAUGUGGCAAAGUUUCUGUGUUCUUCGCAUCUGACCACCGUCUGCCUUGCGCUGUACACAUCUUAUUGGCCUGUUUCAGUUGUGCCUUGUCUAAAUAUUUCUUCUCUUUAAUAUAUUAAACAAUAAUGGUGUGUUGAGAGCAGACUAGUGAGGAUAUUCAUGUACUGAAGAACUGAUCAUUUAUAUGUUCCCCCCUGCUACAGAUUUCCAUAGUAGAUGGUCUGAAUUCCAGUCUCUGCGAAGAUGGCACUCGUAAGUUUUUAAUCCCUCCCCUGCAAUAAGAAAUUGACUCAUAUUCACUUGGCUUUUGGUGUCUAGGUGUAGAAUAAUAAUAAUAAUAAUAAUAAUAAUAAUAAUAGCUUUAUUGUCAAUGUACAACCUGUGUACAAUGAAAUUAACCGAAUGAAAUAGCUGCUUUGUCUUCUGAAACCAUAGAUUCCAGUCAUUUUUGCCUCCUGGAUAUUUCUAAAUCUGGAUGUUAUGGCAGGCAUAGGAGCCAACUCCUAGGGGCUUUGCCCCCCUCCUAAAAUAUUUGAGGGGGCUGCCCCACCCCCGGUUGAUGAGCAUUGCCCUUCAAAUAGUGUCUGUGUAUCGCAUCAUGUGAUCGAUUAUACAGGGCAGUGCUUGCUUCCUCCCCGCACUAAAAUUUUACUCAAGUUGGCCACCCCGAAGGCAGGAGUCAAAAGUUUCCCAUUUCUGCUGCUAAGAGAGGAAAUCAAAAUUUUUACAGAAUUUUGUAGAAUUGGUUGAAGUGACAAUUUCUUUUUACAAAAUGCUGUUAAUAUUUUUCUUCCACUGCCUGUACUUCUGCAUGUGCCCACCUCAGGCCUGUCUGUCUCUCUGCACCCUCUUCCAUACAAAGUUUCCUAUUUUCCUGAAAAUCAGUUUUGGCCACAUUGUAUGACAGAAACAUGCAAGCCAGCCACACCAGUUCCAAGUGUAUUCUUAUGAAUGGAUGCUGAUGUAUCUCUCACAGGACUUUUGGUGGGCAGGUUUUCAGGCCUAGAUUAUACUCUGACCCCCUUAUUGAGCUCUGCAGACAUUUAAUUCUGCCCCACCUCACCUAAGUAUCAUCAUCCUUUUACGUGUUAAGAAAAUAAUUCCCUUUGGGCCAAAAUGUUUGAAGCCCAUUAUGCUCCAGGAUUUGUCUCAAAGGGGUUUCCAUUUGUGAAGAAAACGCAGCUUCUGAAGUAGCUGAGACUGUUUUUGAAUUGCUUGCAUCUGGUUUUCCGUUUGUUCCAAGUGAGAUCAGUUGCCCAUCUUGCGCUGCGUUUAGUUGUGCUGUCCUCAAUUCAGGAUGUAAACAAAAUCGUUUGAGUUUUAAGUGGCAGAUACUAAUAAGAUUAUCUUCCCCUCUUCUAGCUGGGUUCAAGUUCCAGAAAGAAACGGACGCCCCGAGGUCUGUCUAUGCCAAACAACAAAGUCCCGAUUCUAGAGCAUCUAGCCAGACGGACACCUCUCCCCCAAAAGCCGUGAAGGUAGGUACAGUGGAUAGCUUUUUUCGGUAGCAGUGGUCGACCCAGGAGAAAAGCGAGUGGGUCUCUGCAUGCAAAGCAUUGGAUAUUUUCUAGAAAAAGAGGAGCUGGAACUCAGCAGGAACACCUCCCUUGUUCUCUUAGAAUGGCAAUAGUGCCCACCUGAGAGGUGCCGGAAUUGAGUUCCGGCGAGUUCCGGCUGGGGUCGGGGCGGGGGGGAAGCCCUGGAUGCAACCCUCAGUUUGAAAUAUGCAAGGAACUUCAGAGAAGGAAAACAAAGCAUUCUGUGCAGUGGUUCUGGGCACCCUUCAAAACUUAGAAGCUGAAGCUCUCCUGAUAGGACCCCUGACCCCUCCUGAUAGGACCCCUGACCCCUGCUAGGAUAGGUCCAAUCGUGACCGACUCUGGGGUUGCGGCGCUCAUCUCGCUUUAUUGGCCGAGGGAGCCGGCAUACAGCUUCCGGGUCAUGUGGUCAGCAUGACUAAGCCGCUUCUGGCAAACCAGAGCAGCACACGGAAACGCUGUUUACCUUCCUGCUGGAGCGGUACCUAUUUAUCUACUUGCACUGUGACGUGCUUUCGAACUGCUAUGUUGGCAGGAGCUGGGACCAAAUAAUGGGAGCUCACCCCGUCGCGGGGAUUCGAACCGCUGACCUUCUGAUCGGCAAGCCCUAGGCUCUGUGGUUUAACACACAGCGCCACGGAGCCAUUAAAAAAAAUGACAUGCCGUAUUUUCUGUGUAUAAGACGCCCCCGUGUAUAAGACGCCCCUAUUUUGGGAGACUCAGAAUUAACAAAAUGGGGGGAGAUUGCCCCCAUGUAUAAGACUAACCCCCCCUUUUAAACAUUUUUUAGUAAAAAAAACCUAGUCUUAUACAUGGAAAAGUACAGUAUUUCACAUUUAUGCGAUCUUUAAUAUAUUUUUUAUUAAACACAGACAAAUAUGUAGAUACAAAAAUAAAUGUUAUAUGCAUAUACUUGAAAAAAAUGAAAAGAAACUUGUAAGAAUACAAAUAAAAGAUCCCCCGCCAAAUGUCUUGAAAAACCAUAAUUAUUCCAAUAGCCCAGUUUUGUGCAGUUAAUUGAAAUAAUUUAUUGAGAACAAAAUAACUCAUAUUAUGACAUUCAGCACCAUUGUUAUGUCUGUGUUUUGUAAAAAAAGGGUGCCAGUAGCAUUUAGAUUUCCUAUUGCACUGUGAACAAAUUUUUCCUCCCAUAAGCAUUACUCACAUUUUAUAAAGCCAGCUGCACAAAGGUGUUUUUAUAGAUGCUGAGUUAUACAGUGGUGUCCCGCAAGACGAAUGCCUCGCAAGACGAAAAACUCGCUAGACGAAAGGGUUUUGCGUUUUUUGAGUCGUUCCGCAAGACGAAUUUCCCUAUGGGCUUGCUUCGCAAGAUGAAACGUCUUGCGAGUUCUUGCGAGUUUGUUUCCUUUUUCUUAAAGCCGCUAAGCCGCUAAUAGCCGUGCUUCGCAAGACGAAAAAACCGCAAGACGAAGAGACUUGCGGAACGGAUUAAUUUCGUCUUGCGAGGCACCACUGUAUGCAGCAAGAAUUCUGGCUGCCAAAAUCAUAUUUAUCAGUUACAUUUCUUAUACCAGUUAACAGAGCCACCUUUGUGAAGAGGACUUAGUUCUUUCCAGGCAUUUAUUGGGUAAAAUGUUCAGAUUGUGAACACAGUGUGGUGAAGAACACAGCACAUGAUAUUAUGGGCUGUCCCCUGAGCCCGCUAGAUGACAUCGCAAGGGAUUGAUGCCUUAGGAGAGCGAGAAAAAUUCUCAGAGAUGAUUCACACCCUGGCCAGCACCUCUUUAAUCUUCUACCCUCAGGCAGGAGAUAUAGAAGUAUAAUCAGCCGUACCAAUAGGCUAAGAAACAGUUUCUAUCCAUGGACUGUUAGGCUGCUGAACAGAAAAUAAUAUAGUGCAACUGACUUUUGGGGUUGGUGUGUUGUGCGACAAGCACACAGACUGCAAUGAGAUUGAGUGUUUGUGUUGGGGGAGGGAGGUUCGGUUAAUUUCAUUGUACACAGGUUGUACAUUGAAAAUAAAGGUAAUAUUAUUUAAAACUGUAAACUACUUUGGGUGCCUUGGCAGAUAGGUGGCAUGUAAAUCCAAUAAUAAUAGCUUUCCCUAAAAAAUAACAUAUUCUGAAAAAUAACUUAUUCAUAUAUACAUGAAAGUAACUGAUUUUGCUGUAGAUCUGACAGUCCGUAGUACUGAAAUCAGAUGUUUUCUUAAUCCUUGCUGGUGUAAAGCACCGCCGAUAUGCAGCUUUACAUUUUUUUCUUUAAUUGUAAUUUUAUAGAUUUGUGUGUUACAUACUUACAAAUAUAUCACCAGUUUUUAUUAUUAAUAAUCAGAUGUUUUGCUCACUUUCCCAACUCUGCCUCAACUCCUAACAGGGUGGAUCAAAAUAAACCAACAUCUUUGGUAGUAAACCUUUCCUUUGAAUAUUAAUGGUUAAUAAAAUUUCAGUUCUUGUUAAACUUCCUUACAUUAAUAAUUCAUCAGACUUAAAUAUGUGCAUUUUAAUAACUAGGUUUUUUUUUAACUGUUUGGGCAAUUAAGACGGUUGUAGUCAAUAUUCCAGAAGUUUAGCCCCAACGCCAUCAAGAAAUAAUAAUCUUGGAUUGUCUAUAUACUUUCACGUGCGCACAUUUUGCAAAAUUGCUACCAAUCCUUGCAGCUGUAAAAUGAUGCUAUAGAUAGAAUACCUUGAUCUUGUGCAGAUCUAUAUUUCCCGCAAAUUUUAAUUAUACUUGAUUGAAUUCUGUGCCGGGCAGUGGGGGGGACAAAAGGGUGUGUUUGCUUUUUGAGUAGGGAACUGUUAAUUCACUGUACAACUUGCGAGCAGUCCAUAAGGCCUUCUGCUUCGCUUUCCAUAUUGUAGAUGAAGUGUACAAAAUUCCAACGUUUGGUUCAUGAUUAUUCAGAACUGAAUGUUUAUCAUCUUUAUACUAUUUAUUGCUUAAAAGAGACCUUUUUCUCCUUGAUCUUUUGCAACUUAGUUGUUAGCUGAGUAUGUUUCUCGUAGUGUAAAUAUGAGAGUGUUUUUGUCCCAGGGAACAUCUUAGUGCGCUUUCACUCCAGCCCAGAGAUGUGUUUAUAAAUAGCCAUUUGUCUUUUCCAGCUUCUGUUUCCUGCUCCUGGUUCCUAAUCUCUACUCCUGCCUCCCUUUUUAAUGUGAGCUCGACUCUCGGCUUUCUUGCCUGUUCUCCUCCUCUUUUUAUUAACCGGACUUCACACCCUUCCACUGUAGUUGCUAAUCGUAGCGUGCUUGGAAAAAGAAACUUGCCUCUACACACCCCAAAACCUCCAUGGUUUUUGCAUGUAAGUUGGACGGGGAAUUUAUGCUGCUGCAGCAAAUGCUAAUGUCUGGUUCCCAGAUGCAAUUGGGGAAAAACUCGUUUUUGACAGCCAAGCAACAUUGCCUAAAUUCUUUCUUUCAUUAGAGGGAUCUAUAUUCCACGCUGCUUAAAUUACCCUGUUAAUAUUGAGAUUUUACUGAUUAUCAGUGCAACAGAAGGUGGUGGUUUUGUUUUAAAAGGAAAAGCAGGUAUGCCUUUGCAAGUUUGGUAAAUCAUCCCUGGGCUGAUCAAACCAACAGCGUAGCCUAGGAGGUAUUGUCCGUAUGGCAGCACAAUAAAUCUGUUAGGUUUGUAGCUGCUGUCCCAAUGUAUUUGCCUGGGUAACACAUCCAACUUGCCAGGCACAAUGCAUGCUUAAAAGUUUCAUAUGGGAUUACCUGCAUCAGCUGCCACCUUUUAAAAAAACACUUGAAGUUCCAGGCUUCAAAGCUUUUUCAACAUAAGUAGAUUAAAAAAAAAUAAUAAUGUGGGGCAUUUAACUAUAUUAGCUCCUGUUUGGAAGGUAAAACAUGUGAUCAGGGCUGUUUCAGCCUGCCCACCUGAGCUAAAAGCCAUUUCCUCUGCUACUUCUGCUCUUUCAGUCUCUCAGAUUGUACGCAUUUUGUGUUUUUGUGGGCGGAGGCAGAUCUAGCACCCUCCCUGUAUUCAACCCAAACGUACUUUUCCUCCCCAGGGGGUGAGCUCUGGAGAAGGCAGGCUGGGGGAACCGUUCCUUGAAGCAGAAAGAUGCAAAUGGAUUGACUUCCCUGCGAUUGCCAUUCGGCAGCUUUUCGUUUAAAAAUAAAUAGAAAAGCGGCUCCCCUUUUAAAUCCGAGAAACGAACGGAAACGUGGUCCCACCCAUAUGCCGUACAUUUAACGCACUCGUCUGCCACUUUAACAGUCAUGGCAUCCCCUAAAGAACCGAGAAGUUGGAGCUCUUGGAUCUUCCGACAACUCUCAGCCCCUUUAACAAACUACAGUUCCCAGCAUUCUUUGGGUGGAGCCAGUACUGUUGAAAGUGGCACGAGUGUUUUGAAUGCAGGAUGUGGAUGUGGCCCGUAUCAGAGUUUUGCGGCCGUUUAGAAAGGGGAACAGCCAACUUUGAGCACAUGGAGAGGUGAUGGUGCUCAGUACGCUGGUAUGCCUUGCCUUUUCAGUUUUGAAUCUGAUCUGCCACAUCAGCAGAUGAAUACAGCGUGAACUUGCUAGAUCUGUCUUUCUCCUUUUAGAUUUGAGUGCCGCUGCCCACUUUGACUUUGCCUUCCCUCCUGCAUCUCCUAACCCUCACCAACUCCUAUAGAGAGACUGAAUGAAGAUGGGUGCAAAUUAUGGGUGCUUUAGAUUGGAGGGGUUGUUUGGACAGCCAGUUCCAUGUUUCCUAAACCUACCGUAUUUUUCGCUCCAUAAGACGCACUUUUUUCCUUCUAAAAAGAAAGGGGAAAUGCCUGUGCGUCUUAUGGAGCGCAUGCACUGGACUGGAGCCAUGGCAGUCAAGCAAAGCGGGAGCCGCUUACAGGGCUUCUGUCCCGUUUUGCGCGGCUCUAGCUUUGCUUGCUUUACAGCGAGCCGGGAGGAGGCAGGCGAUUCAAAGCCAGCAGGCGCUUUUAAAAGCGGUGCGUAGCCAGCAACAGCUGCAGCAGCCUCAGCUAGCAAAGGUCCGCGUGCUCCCUAAACGGAGCAAUGAGGCUGCAGAGGGACGGCAGGGCACAGGAGGGGUUGGAUCCGGAAGGAUAAAAUUUAAGCAACCAGCAACAACAAAAAACCCACCAACCUCGAGCUCUGAGCCACGAGCGCAGUGAAAAUCAGGAGGUAAAAUAGGAAGGCUGCUGGGGACUGGAAGGCAGGGGAUGAGGGCGAGGGGAAAAUUACGCAAAUCCCCCGCGUCUCAGCUGAUCCGCUGGUUCCUUGAGCAUGCACACUAAACAAACAUACAGCUCCUGUCCCUCUCAGUCUCACUCUGAUAUACCAGUAGCUUAUUAAAUAGUUUAGUACAACAUUUGAUUCAGAAUAUUUUUUCCCUGUUUUCCUCCUCUGAAAACUAGGUGCGUCUUAAGGUCAGGUGCGCCUUAUGGAGUGAAAAAUACGAUAUUUUUGUGUUUUAAUUUUGGGCUGGCUCCAGAAGUAUUAGCACAAGAUCUGGGUUAGCCUGGGUGGUGUGCUGGCAACCCCUGGCGUAUUGGCUUUGGAAUAGGGACGGGGAAAUGUGUGGCUCUCAAUACAUUGCGCUACAACAAUGUUUCACUACAACUCCCAUCAUUCCUAAUCAUGAGCCAUCCUAUUGGGGCUGAUGGAAGUGUUGGAACGCAACAACAUCUGGAAGGCCACAUGUCCCCCUUAUUUUCUUGAGAACAGCUCUUCUCAAGCUUGGGUCUCCACCUGCUUUUGGACUACAGUUCCCAUCGCCUCUGACCACUGAUCUUGCUAGCUAGGGUUGAUGGGAGUUGUAGUCCAAAAACAGCUGGAGACCCAAGUUUGGGAAACACUGCUUCAGAAGGAGGCUCUGCUAGGACUGACUGUCAGCCUUGUUGGGAGUCUUGCAUUGAACCCUGUACUACUUGCCAAUUUUUCUUCCACCAGAAGUUCCAGUUGCCGGCUAAGGAAAGUUGUGUUGCGUGUAAGAAGACUGUCUACCCAAUGGAACGUCUCUUUGCCAACCAGCAAGUAUACCAUAUCAGCUGUUUCCGCUGUUCUUACUGCAACAGCAAACUCACGUAAGUCCUUCAGGGAGAGCCCACUUCUUUUUUAUAUAUAAAAAGGCUACUGUAAGAUUAACUCUCUAGUGUGGGUUAGGAAAGGGCAAUGUUUAGGUGCUGAGAAAAGCAAGGUGGGCAUGGUUUUCAGGUGGUUCUUAAGAGCUCCCAAGGAAUCUACAAUCCAAGGAUGUACCGUAUUUUUUGUUCUAUAAGAUGCACUUUUCCGCUCCUAAAAAGGAAGGGGAAAUGUGUGUGUGUCUUAUGGAGCGAGGAGCGAAUGCAGACUGCGCAGCUUUCGCUGAAGCCAGGAGAGCUCUCCUGGCUUCAGGGAUAGUCACCCGAAGCCUCCUGAGCACAGUGGGAGCGCUCCCACUGCGCUCAGGAGGCUUUGCGUUGCUUUCGCUGAAGCCAGGAGAGCAAGAGGGAUCGGUGCGCACCGAUCCCUCUUGCUUUCCUGGAUCAGUGCGCACCGAUCCCUCUUGCUCUCCUGGCUUUGCUUUGCUGGAGAGGCGCUGAGCAGCUUUCCCUCUCUGCGCAGCGCCCCUUCAGCGAAGCGGGAGGAGAAAUGGAAGGGGCUCCAUUUCUCCUGCCGCUUCACUACAGGGGCACUGCACAGAGAGGGAACGCUGUGCAGCGCCCCUUCAGCGAUGUGGGAGGAGAAACAGAGCCCCUUCCUCCCACUUUGCAGGAGAGGCGCUGAGCAGAGAGGGAGAGAAUAUUUUUUUUCUUGUUUUCCUCCUCCAAAAACUAGGUGCGUCUUAUGGUCGGGUGCAUCUUACAGAGCGAAAAAUACGGUACUUCUGCAUACGACACAAUAAAGCAGGGAGAGUGUCCUGCACACACGCAGCCGAGGAAGGUUAAGGGCCGAUAGUUAAUUCUUUAUUGACAAAAGCACACUUCUUUUUUUUAAAAAAAAGUUAUUUACUUGAUUUUUCAGAUUAAAAAUUUACAAUCACAUAUCCAACAUCCAACAUAAAAACAAGAUUCCAAAGAAUCUCCUGGACUUCCCUCCUCCCCUUUGUGGGUCCUAUUGUUAAUCAUUUCCUCCUGCAUCUUUUAUGAUAAUCCAAAUCUUUUACCUCUCCAUUGUGUCCAAAACCCACCAUUAAACUGCAAGUGUUAUUCCAAUCCUACUGACAAUUUUAACUGUUUACAAUGGCUUUUAAGACCAGUUAUAUAUUUUCCUGAUUUCUGAUUCUUCCGGUCAUUUUAGCCAUUUCUGCAUAAUCCAUCCACUUGAUCUGCCAUUCUUCUCUGGUGGACAAAAGCACACUUAACAGCACCAGAGACAAAAGCACACUUAUAGCAGCUCCUAAAGAACAGCUUCUAUCUGUGGGCUGUUAGACUGCUGAAUGAAAAGAUAACAACAGGGCAACUGACUUUCGGGUUUGGUGUGCGUGCGUCAGUAAACGAGGGUAGUAGUAGUAGUAGUAAUAAUAAUAAUAAUAAUAAUAAUAAUAAUAAUAAUAAUUUAUUAUUUAUACCUCACCCAUCUGGCUGAGUUUCCCCAGCCACUCUGGGCGGCUCCCAAUCAAAUGUUAAAAACAGUACAGCAUUAAAUAUUAAAAACUUCCCUGAACAGGGCUACCUUCAGAUGUCUUUUAAAGAUAGGAUAGCUGCUUAUUUCCUUCACAUCUUAUGGGAGGGCGUUCCACAGGGUGGGCGCCACUACCGAAAAGGUCCUCUGUCUGGUUCCCUGUAGCCUCACUUCUCACAAUGAGGGAACCGCCAGAAGGCCCUCGGCGCUGGAUCUCAGUAUCCGGGCUGAAUGAUGGGGGUGGAGACUAAGAGAGCUGAGUGGGGGGUGCUUCUGUAAUCUCACUAUAUACAAGUCAUACAAGUGACAAUAAAGUAUUUCAGUUCAAUAUUUCAGUUCCACCAGAUGCCUGUGGCAGGUCUGAAAGCAGGAGCUGAGUGCGAGAGCAUUCUUCGCACCCGUGGCUCCCAGCAACUUGUACCUGCAGAGCUGCUGAAUUAGUACAUUCUGAGAUGGUUAUUAUUUCUUCUCUCUUUUUUUUUUUUUAUAAAAAAUUAUUAGAUUUUCCACAAUAAUAACAAAAACCACAAAGCGGAGUGACACACAAAAAUAGGGGGGAAAAGAAAAAUUGAUCAAUAAAUGAAAGAAGAAAAACAAUAAACUGAUAAACAAUAACAACAAACUUAAUUCUUUACACAUCCAACCUUUUAAACAUCUUGGUUGACUUGGUUAUUAAUUUCUUCUCUUGCAAGAUACUGAAGGUGCUAAUAAUUGUGUGUUUCCCCCCUUGUACAGCAUUGGAACAUAUGCAUCUCUGCAUGGGAACGUUUACUGCAAGCCACAUUUUAACCAGCUCUUCAAGGCCAAAGGCAACUACGACGAAGGCUUUGGGCAUAAGCCACACAAGGAGCUGUGGGCAAGCAAAACGGAGAGCGAAGAAUCCCAGGAGAAACCCGCCAGCGUUGGAAACGCUGAGGGAGGCCCCCAAAGUCCCGGCGUGGAAGAUGCCCCGAUUGCAAAAGUUGGGAUUCUGGCAGCCACCAUGGAAGCAAAAGCCGCCGGUUUGCUCGAGAAGGAAGAGAGGCCAGCGGAAACCAAGAAGCUGAAGAUUGCUUGGCCGCCUCCUCCCGAACAAGGCAGCCAAGGAAGUGUUUUGGAAGAAGGCAUCAAGGUCCUGAAGCCCAAGUGGCCCCCGGAAGAUGAAAUCGCUAAGCCGGAUCAUCAGGAAGACGUGGACCAAGACCUUAAAAAGCUGCGACGGUCGUCGUCGCUGAAAGAAAGGAGCCGUCCGUUUACAGUCGCUGCCUCAUUUAGAACCAUAUCCGUAAAGAGCAAUAGAACUGAAAACGCGUCUCCUCCCAAGGCUGAAAGGAGCACGGUCAGACAAACGGAGAAACCGGCACCGGAAUUGGCGGUGGAAAGCAAGCCAGAGGGAAAGAGCAACAUGGCUGAUCCACACCUGGGCGAGGGGGAUAAAGAGCUGGAUGGGGGGAAAGGAGAAGAAGCGGGUGGCGAAGAGAUCUUGGUUGAAAACGGGCAGAGGAGUGGCGACACGGAUGAGGAAGAAGAAGAAGAAAAGGCGGCAGGAGAGCCAGCCUCACUGGAGAAGGAAGCGCCAUUCCAUACGCCCCCUAAGCAUUCUGUCUUGAAUUCAACCGCUGUAAAAGAAUUAUCCGCUAGCCCAAAUCGCAAAUCCCAAGACGUUGGGUUUUUUGAAGGUGAAGACCUGGAAGAAUUGACUGUGGAAGAGCAGAUCAAGCGGAACAGAUACUACGGCGAAGAGGAAGAAGACGAGGAAUAA